UGUGCCCUCCAGUCAAUCUGGCCAGGAACAUACAAGUCACUGCUGAUUCACACCUGGAGCCAGCCAGUCAAACGCAACUGAAGUUAAGGUAGAUUUGUGGGAUAGGUGGGUCAGAGGGGUUCUCUUAGAUGUUCCCAGGGCUACCAGUAAUGUGCAUCCUAAUCUGAGGAUGCGGAGAGGUAGUUUUAUGACCACAUGAAAAUAGAUUUCCUGGUGAGUGACAGUGGAGAAGAAGGAAAGUGCUGCCUGCGUCAUUGGGCCACUUCUCCCAGCCCCCUUUUUUUCUUUUGCAGCAAAUAAAUAAAGAGUGUGGACGAAGAAAGUGGCUGCAGGCUCCUCUCUGGGAGCCUGCAUUUUUGUGCAAAGUCAAAGAUUGGCUCAGUGCGGCCAGUAAAUCAGGACAAAUACUCCUUGGCAGGAGUAGGGAAGCGUCUUUCUUAGCCCAAGGGACACAUUCCCUUCUCUGGAACCUUCUGAGGGCCAUAUGCCAGUGGUGGCUGGAGGCAGAGACAAAAGUAGGCAAAGCAACAUAUGCACAUUUUACCUUUCUACAAUAGGAUGGCUUGCGCACACAAGCAAGCAAGAGGCAUUAUCAGAGUUCCAGGACAAACUGCAAUCAGGGGGAAAUGCUCAGGGAGCCAAGUAAGGGGGUGGCCCAGGAGAGGGGAGUGGCUUGAGGAGAGGUCCAAGGGCCAGUUAAAUCUGUAAACUGAGGGUCUUCUCUAGUUGCUUUCCAGAUUCUGGUGUAUUGAAAGCAUUUUAUUAUUGUUAGUCCUAAUGGUUUUGGUUAUUUGCUCCUCAAUGCCUUACUUUUGCAUUGUCUGCUUGCAUUUGUUUUACAAAAAAUUGUCUUUUUUGUUCUCAUUUGCUAAUCACUCUGGCCUUAUUUUGGAUUUUGUGACGUCUUUCCUGAUCUGCAGUAUAUGUACUAGCUCAGCUUCUAUUACUGUAGUUUUGGAUAACCCUUCCUCCCUCAUUCCCAAGUGUUCUGAAGAUAUUUAACCCUCUUGCUUUGGCUUUCCCUCUCAGUUUCCUUUUUAUCAAUCUUUAUUUUUUAUAAGAAGUUUCCUCUACCCAGUGAAAGUUAAGCAGGACUAUAACAUUCCUCCCAUUCAAAACCCUUUUAAUCCAGGUUAAUAGUUUGGUUGAACUUCAGCAUAAAUGGGCUCUCUUUUUGCAUCCUUCCUUUGCAUUUCUGUGAAAAACACCACAAGCGAAGAAUGGCCUGGCCCAAAUGUGCGUAUAAAUGCCUGGUUUGAAACUAUUUUUUGUUGUUGUUUGUAAGCCUGAGGUAAAGUCUUGUGUCUCUAAAAAAAAUUCAAACACAACAAAAGGCCUUUUCCAUUGUGUUCUUGUCUAUGGAAUGCUGUUGCUAGGGAGAGAUGCCUGCCAUCAUUUUCAUCAGUUUUUAUUUAUUUGUUUGUUACAUAAAAUUGGUACACUGCUUGAUCGUAAAAAACCUCAAAGCAAUUUACAAAAAAACCAAGCAAUAAAAUCUGUUAGUUGCCAGGUUCAGACUUCUCUGCUAGUGUUUUUUCCUCUGCUUUUAAAUAGUUUAUACAUGCUGUAUUUUCAAACUGUUUUGAGACUUUUUCUUCUAAAAGCUACGGAAAAAUGAAACAAACAAUUGACCUGAGCUUCUUUAGGUGGCAAUAUUUGUCUGAAAAGCAGGAUAAAAAAAUACAAUCAAAUAACAUUUCCCACCUGACGGUAGAGCAAUGAGGUCAGGUAGAAGCAAGUGUUGCAUUAAUACCAAAGAGGUUCAAUAGCAUGAGCCCUCCGAUGAGGAUGACUUUAGGCGCUUUGUUAAUAUAAAUGUAAAGGGGUGCAUUUAAAAAUGUUUUAAAUGGGUGAGGGCAUUCUUAAUAGGUGACCCUCUUACCUGGGUACAUCUGUUGUUGCCCGUGCAGGUCUCUUCAUUUUCAUAGUGUGGGAAUGGAAAGGGGUCCCUGGUGGUUGGCAUGCUCCAGAGGAUGGGCGAUCCAGUGGCGGCAGCAAAAGCAGAUCGCGGGUUCCCUCUCGCCGCGUGUCAGGUUUGUUUAGGAACCGGCGGCGGUUGCUAAGCGACCGUCUUCCCGGGCUUUUAGAGCCCGCAGCACAGUCUCUAAGGCGCCCUCUAAUGGCUGGAAAUGGUAGCACAAAAAGCGGCGCAGUGAAGGAAACGUCAGAAUUUUCCCGGAGGGAUAAACAGCAGCAGGAAAGGAGGACGGUGCAAAUGGGAGGGCGCAAGGCUACUGGUCUUCUGAGAGAGCGACGUGUAAUUAGCUGACUAGUCAGCACAGAGAUCGGGAGAGGCGGGGGCGGGGAGGAGAGAAGAUGCUCCAGACUUGGCGCCGCAAUCCCCAGAAAUAAAAGAUGUUGGCGGAUUAUUAUUUUAUUUACAAAAAUAGGUUUGGUUUUUUUAAGGAUUUUAUAUAGCUGGUGGUUCAAGUGCACUGAAUAGUUAAUCUCGCUCUUAAUUGCAUAUGUAGUUUUCCUAUUUAAAGACUUGCAAGUGGGCUCCCUGUUAAUAACGUUUGCGAGGAAAACUGGUUUAUAACAGCCGCGUGGGUAUGCUAAAAGCGGGAAGGAACAUUUGCCCUCUAAGUUUAAAACAACAUCCCGGCCGCCUACCUCCCGGGAAAAGAAAGGAAGAGACAUCCGCGAGGGCCUGGUGCAAAGACACGCGCCAUUCCAAGCAGCACGCUUGUACAACAGAUGCACGCGGCCGUGCAAUAGCAUGGAGAGUUAGAAACGACGGGCUUUUGGUGAGAUCCAAGAAACAGGACCUCCUCGCUGGUGGCAAAUAGCAGCUGCAUGGGAAAUACUCUUCCACUAUAGAUACGUUUUUUCCCUAAUUUGUGUUUAUUUGUACUUUGCAUUUGUAAAACCCAAUAAAAAUGAUUUAUUAAAAAUAAAAAAAGAAAUACUUUUCCAAUGCAGAGUGGUCAGGCUUCUUCCUUGCUGUUUUCCAGACAAAAACUGAUUUUUAAAACAAACCCCCCCCCAAAAAAAUUUCAAUGUUCAGUUUCGCUGCUGUUUUAAACUGGCUUUUCUGCUUUUCUGUGGUAUAAACCACCAAACCAGGGAAAGAUCAUGAAACAUCUGCGCUGCAAAUAGAUCGGUACCCAGUUCUAAGCUUCCCACACCGAAAGCACCCCAUUUACACCAACCACAUCAGUGGGCUUAGUCGUUCUGUAAACGUGGUUGGGAGGCCCGUUAGAACAGAAGAAGAGGAAAAAUCUGAGCUGUCACAACAAACCUAUAAUAUUCAAGGUCCUUUAGCGUAAGCCUAAAGAGCGGAAGUGUUUUGCGAGUGAUUCACAGGAGACAGUUCCCAGGGGCCGGCCCCGAGGUUCCUUCGGCCUAUCCAAUGAGAUAUUUGAGGGGGCUGAACAAGGCCGGAUUUAGGUUUGACGAGGCCCUAAGCUACUGAAGGUAAUGGGGCCCUUUAUAUGUGCAGCUGUCCUUUGUCAACAACAAAUUGUCGCUUUUUUGUGUUGAAUAUAUGCUAUAUGGUAAUUUAUGGACCUAAUAGGUAUCUAAAGUCAUUUGCACAUAACAAAAUAUGUAUUUAAUCAAAGCAAUAGUUGAACUGAAACACAUUUAAGAAGUAUAUUAAUAAUGAAAUAAUUAUUAAGCUCUAACUUAAAAUGAUUGGGGGCCCAUUGCUUGCAUCAUAGAAGCCUACACAACACGAAACACUUGCUGUAUGUAGGUUUUAUUUUAUGUUUUUUCUCUUAUAUUUUGGAAAUGUACAUCCAGUUCCCCCCCUUUAAAUAUUGGGGGGCCCCCAACAGAGUGGGGCCCUAAGCUGUAUCUUAUUUGGCUUCUACGCAAAUCCGGCACUGGGAACGGGCCCCCGCGGAGUUGAUGGGCGUCGUCAUUCAAAUAGUGUGUAUGCCAUGUGAUCGAUUAUGUGGGGUGGGGCUUAAUCGCCCCCCGCCCAAAUUCAAGUUGUUCGCCCCCUGGAGUGGUUUGAGUAGGUGGUGUGGCCUAGUCGUUCCCAGAGCGAGCUUCAGCUCAGAAGCAAUUCCUGCUGAAUCCAGCGCGGCUGACUCCCAGGCCAACGACGUUAGGCUCGCACCCUAACCCUUGAACCUCUUUCCCUCCGGCUACGCCGUCUCCUAUUGUUCAAAAUUAGGCGGGCUUUUGUUUGUUAUGGUCGCGCGGCCUGUCACGCGGCGGCGGCGAGCGCGCCAAGAGGCUCGCGCGCCCUUCGAAAGACGCGCGCGCCGGCAGCAAACGGCCUCUGUCCCCCGGGCGCAUCUUUCAAGCCGCCUCAGGUGCGCGGGAGCCAGAGGCCGGCGCGGCGGAGGCAGCUGCGGUUGCUAGGCAGCGAGGUGUGGGCGGCGCGAGGCGGGCAGGGGGCGGGGCUCCCGCAUCCCAUCUCCGCCUGAGAGCGCUGCUUGCUGUUGCUGCUGCUGCUGCUCUUGCCACCGCCGCCGCCGCCGCACCUGUGAGUCGGUGGCCGCCUCAUCCAGACGCGCGGGGAAGCUGCUCGGUGCCGCUCCUGCGCCACGAUGGCUGGGGCCGCUGGCGGGGUCCAUCCUCCUCGGCCGGAUACAGCUGGGUGCUGGCGGUGCCUCCCUGGUGCCGAGCUCGGGCGGAGGCGCCUGCCGCUUCUGCUGCUUUCUCUGCUGUUGCUGCUUUGGGCAGGCGCCGCUACUCCGGGAGAGGAGCUGCACGCCUGCAAAGAGGUAUCGGCGGGGAAGAGCAGGGGGCUUUCAUGUCCUGGAGCAGAGGAGGGGGUGUGUGUUUAAAUUUGAAACGCCUUAGAAAAAACACUUGGCUUCAGCCAAAUCAAAUUGUGUUGACUAGAAUAAAACUCGACGCCAAAGUAGUCUGCGAUGCUUGUGGAGCAAAAGGCACGCUAGAAGAGCAUUGUUUCUUCGGCAUCAAUGAAUGCUGUAGCCCCAGGAAGGGUUGGAGUAAGGCAGGCACACCUCAGAAGUGCACUUGGCUGCCUUUCGCCUAGGGGGUCUUGUGGGGGCCAGCAUGCUAACAACAGCUUGCUGUGAGCAAAACCUACUUGGAGGGCUGGCAGGCCGUUUGUGGGAAUGUUUAAAUGGGGGCUGGAGAGGCUAACUUCAAGCCACCACCAGGGAAGGUGGAGGAAAUCUCUAGUUUUCCUAGAAGAGACUGAAGCCAGGGCAGUACUGUAGUGGGUAGUGAUUUUCAUUGUUGGAUCAUUACCCUCCAUGUUUCCUAUAUGCUGGACAUGGUGCUCUUUUUGUUGUUGGUGCCUCUUAGUGACCCAUUCCAGAGGGUAGCCUCUGUUGUAGCAAAAAAAGGUACAUUUAUGGGAUGAACACACUUGGUGUGCCAUAGGCUUACACUUUGAUCAGUUUUAGUCUUUAAGAUACCACAGGAUUAUUAUUUUAGUAGCUAUCAAACCAGAUCUGUUCUAACUACAGUGGUGCCCCGCAAGACGAAUGCCUCGCAAGACGAAAGGGUUCUGCGGUUUUUGAGCUGCUUCGCAAGACGAAAACGUCUUGCGUUUUUUGCAAGUUUGUUUCCUUUUUCUUAACACCGUUAAUACAGUUGCGACUUGACUUCGAGGAGCAACUCAUAGAACGUGGUGUGGUAGCCUUUUUUGAGGUUUUGGGUGAUUUUUGAAGCUUUUCCAAAACUUUUCUGACACCGUGCUUCGCAAGACGAAAAAACCGCAAGACGAAAAAACUCACGGAACGAAUUAAUUUCGUCUUGCGAGGCACCACUGUAGUUCUAAACUGUCCCUUAGGGACUUCUAGCACCACCACCACCUGCAUUUCACUUUAACUAAGGAGUAACGAUAAAGACCCAUCUCACAAACCUGAAGAAGAGUGUUUGUCUGUCUUUAAAUUGGAGGAUCAGUGCUGUCCAACCUUCUGGCACUGUAGUACUCCCUUUUCUGCACCGACCCGCAUUGACCGCUGACUGGAAUCUACCUUGGGAAACUGACUGUGUUUGCUCCUUCCCCCCCCCUCCUAUGUAACAUGGCAGGUUGCCUGCGAGUCAGAUCGCAGUAACUUUCUAGUAUGUCAACAAAGAGUGACUUUAAUUUCUCCUGUGCAUGCCUGUUUUUCCUUAAUGAAAACUGAUAUGAACAGUAUAGACAAUGGAAACAAAAAUCAAAGGCAAUGAAACAAAGCAGAGGAAAAUUGCACAUAAAUAUCUGCCAGGUGCAUGGGUAUUAAUACUUUUUAAUCUCUGGUCAUUGUACAGACCAUUGUUACAUUCCAUUGGCUGAAAUGGGUGAGGUAGUUCACCACGCUUGCCAUAUACAGUACUUGCAUUUGUGUGUUGUGUGUGCUUUUUAAAGAUCUGGGAAUGUCAAGGCUUUCCGAAUUUAACUUGUAGUCUGUAAAAGUACAUUUUCUCUCUUGCAAUUUUGUUACUGGUUUAUCUUUUUUUUUUUUUGUAUCUUGUUACACCCGAAAUUGCACCUGCAAAGAGCUGGUACAACAGCCAGAAUGCUGUUUUUGUUCCAUUUUUGUAUGGCUUCUUGUACUGCAUGUAUGCUGUGGGUGUAACUAUAUGUCUGAGCUCCACCCUUGACAGUUCUUUCUCAGUUAAGAACAAAGGUGGCCUUAUCUAAUGCCAUCAUCCUGUUUUCCCUGAGUGACCAAGCAAAUUCCUUCUGGAAACCAACCAGCAAGACUUGAAGGCAAGAGCCCUCACAACUGAUUGUCCCUCCAUCAGCUGGUAUUUCGUGGCAUAUAGUCUCUGGACUUAGGAAUUCCAUUUCGGCUGUCAUAGCCGUGGGUAGGGCUCUUCUUCAUUCUAAUCCCUUCUUCAAAAUGACCAAGAAAUACCAUUUUGAUGUUUUAAUUGUAGCUUUUGUCUGUGCCAAAAUGUAGCAACAAUGGUGUUCUAUUGGGGGUGCAGUGCUGUGCAUAAUUGUUUGUGCCUGCAGCUCCCAAGACUUAAACAAUGCAAACCAAAUUGAUUACUUUGGAACUCUUGAAAAGGAACUUGAGAAGAAACUAAAGCAGGCAAUUUGAAGUUACCAUUAUUGAGCCAUCUGUUAGCAAAGUGAGCACCCCAUAGGUGGCUUAUUCCCCCAAAUAACACCAGGAGCAGCAAACCUACCCUCCAACGGUUCCCUUGGGGUCCAAGGGAGGCAUAGGCCUCUGUUCCUAAGUGGUCAUUGGAGGUGAGUAGGAUGAAUGUUCUCCCCAAGUCUUUCUCCUUCAGAUUUUGGUAGAGUGAGAAGCACGUGACUUCAACUAUGUGAAAUGGUUGAAUGAUAUAUUUAUAGGAGGCAAGCCAAGGUGUUCUUUGCACUUCCCCAUUUCUUCAUAAGCAUGAAUCCCAGGGAAUGAAUGCUGAUUAUGUAUUAAAAAAUGCUGCAUGGCCCAUCCCUUCUGGAAGUUAAUCUCAUAGGUGUUGGUGGAACUUGCUCCAGCAGGAGGAUUAUUCUCAUAGCCAAACAGUUAGAGACGAACCUGGCAAUAACACUGCUUUAGGCCUGUCAGCCAAUUAAAUCAUGUUUAGUUGAUUAAUCAACUGCCUUUUAACUGAAGGUUGAAUCUAGUCAUACUCAAGAGUAGACUUUGAAAUCAAAGGAUUUAAGUUAGUCUUGCUCAACCAAUAACACGAAGAGUAAGCGGAAUGACCCACUCAGCCAAAGGCAACCCAACAGCCAGAUAUUUGACUACCCUCACAUUUUUGCCAUCCCAGGCAGGUAGCAAAACAUCCCUCCUCCCCGAGAUGCAGUGGGGCUUAUUUCACUUUAUUCAUUUGCUCAUCUUUCCAGGAGGCCCACUGCUACCAUUUUAAAGUAUCAUACCUUGACGCAGUUUAUUGCACUAGUACAUUGCAAAUGUAGCACAGCCAUGAAAAGAAACCUCACAAACACAAACUUGUCUAAACUUAUAUAUAACACAACCCUUUCUGCAAUCCAGUUUCAGGCAGCUCUUGGGACUGAGGGGGGAAAUCACCCAGGGGUGAGCUAAAAUAAGAUCACUUCAGGGUGUCCAGAGUAAAGAUGGAGCAAGCAAGGUGGGAGCUAGUGACAGUUAGUUGCCACUCACGCAUUCAGAGGCUGGAGUGUGGGUGGUGCUUUUUGCCUCCUUUCUCAUAGAAUGGAAUCGUGGUGCUGAAGAGUUUGCAGCAGCAGUGGGAGAUCUCUGGCUCAUGGGCCUAAUUAUGCCCACCAGGCCACCAGGAAAAACACGUCAGCCAGUUAAUCACCUGGCAUCAUAUGAUUUGAGGUGCUGCACAGGUAAAGUUGAGAUGCCGGCUUGAAAAGGAAGACUCAGGAGUGCUCUCUUAUGGGUGCUCCUGAUUCUUCCUUCCCAGCCUCUGCUUGAAUUGGGCUCUCUCUGAAUCCAGCACCCUUUUCUGUUGCCCUGCAUAGCAGCAGAAAGUGCCAAGUUCAAAAAGCGCCAAACUCAAGCUGACUAAUUUCUCUAUUUUUAACUUUUAUUAUUAAUUCUGUGCAUGUUUUAUUUAAAUGUAUAAUCUCCUGCAGCCCUCACUGGAGCAGUGUUUCUGGUUUUAAUGUGCAGUGUUCUGGGGGAAGAGAGAAGGAAGGAAUAAUAAAUGUAUUCAAGGGUAGAGUGUCGUUGAAGGUUUUCAGAAUAUCAGCAAAAUCAGUUCUGCCUUAGAAGUGACUAGAUGCAUUUCGGACAAACUGGAGAUUGGCAUUAGGUUUGCUGCCUAGGCUUUGAAAGAGCAGCUCCUGAAAAGGCAGUUAUUAUGCAUCCCUGGUUGGUAGAACAUGGAGUGAUAUGUGAUGAUUGAAAUUAAAUGUGGCUUCAGGUUUUAAAUGUUCCCAACUUAUCCAGGACCAGAGUCCAGAGCCGUGGGAGUGACUGAUGGGGGUGGGGUCAGACAACCUUAGGAAAAUUCCCUGCUAAAAGACUCAUUGAAUACAAUGGACCGAACUCAACUGUGUGUAUUGGAAACACUGAUAAAAGCUCCUGCUGAUGUAUAGGACAAUUACAUUGAGAAAUAUUUGAUGCUGCAUUUAUAAGUCUUAAUAUCGCCCUUUUCACUGUACAUCUUGUGCAUCAAUGAGUUUUCAGCUUCUCCUCACUCUUUUAUAACCUUGGUCUAGUAAGGCAACUGUAAUUGGUUAUGUGCUACAGUUAUCACCCGUACACUGAUGACUGUGUGUUUCCUCUUACCGGAAGCCUGGACUUAGCUGUCCUUGCUUUACUAGAUUUAUUUGAUAUUCAGAUAAACACCUGCAUUUCCCACUCCACCCCAACCCCAUUAGCCUCACCAUAUGCUGUAUGAGUAAACUCUUGAAUAUGUAAGUACAGUGGUACCUCGGUUUACGAACUUAAUCCAUUCUGGAAGUCCAUUCUUAAACCAAAACCAUUCUUAAACUGAGGCACGCUUUCCCUAAUGAGGCCUCCCGCUGCCGGUGCCCUUCCACCGUUCAGAUUCUGUUCUUAGACUGAGGUAAAGUUCUCAAACCAAGACACUGUUUCUGGUUUUGCGGAGUUUGUAAACCAAAUUGUUCUUAAACCGGACUGUUCUUAAACCGAGGUACCACUGUACUGUGACAGAGGAGCACUGGUCUCCUGCUUCUCUAUUUCUGUGAGCAAAGCCCUCGCAGCUUCCCCACCCAGCUGACUAUCUCACAAGAGAAAGAUUAAAACUGUCUGACGGAAAGUUGGGAAAAUCUGGGUCUUAAUUUAAACCCUAAACGACUCCUCAGCCUCUCACCUUACUCUGACAAAGUAUCUCCCAUUUACCUAUAAAAUGUGACUUGAGGUCUGAUUGGUCAUUGGGCAGGAAUCCCAUGAAAAGGUACUCUAGGAUCAUUCCCUUUGUUCUUGCUUCCCCACCUCAGGGCCUGUGACCUUUCUGCAUCAGGGCCACACAGCAUUUUGCUAUGCACUGGGAAGCUGACCAUUCUUGCAGCUUACUCAUAAGCAACUAGAAAUACAGUGCUGACUGGUUAGAUCAGUUAGGGGUUUGAGCCACCAGGCUCUCAUUUUGUUUAUAGUAUUCUGUUGAACAUUUGCCUACUCUCCUCUUUCUUCUAUUCUUAAUAGAGUUUCAUAACUUGACCACUGAAGUGUGUGCAUUUGCCAACCUCAGGAUUCUAGUCAUCCCCAUGCGUCCAGACUGCUUGGAAUUAAUGCUACAAGGAAUUUAGGAUCAGAGUUAUUUUAGACUAGUACAUUAAUCUAUCCUCUGGGAGACACCAGGAGCAGGGGAUUGGCUGGAGGCACAAGGUGCAUUGGUCCGGGAUCCCAGGAUCUAAUAGUUAAUGGGGCAUCCCCAGAUCCCUCCUUGUUUGGGGUGGCAGGACAGGCUGUAGACUGAAAUAGGUGGUGGCAACCAUAAAUCAAGAAGGCAUAACUGGCUCCCUACUGGGCUGUUGAGUACCCACAUACAAGGAAGGGGAUCUGUUACGGUACAUAGUGCUACUUCAGAUUCUUGAUCAUGAGGUCAGUUUCUGUAGAGCUAAGAACAUAGGAAGAGCCCUGCUGGAUCAGGCUGAAGGUCCAUCUACUCCAACAUCCUGUUAUCUCAGUGAUGGUGCCUGUUGGAAAGUUUACAAGCAAGACAUGAGCACUAGAGCAAUCUCUGCACUCAUAUUCCUCAGUGAUGGGUAUUCAGAGACAUGGAAGUAGCAUACAGCUUUCAUGGCUGUUUGCCAUGGACAGCCUUAUCCUCCAUGAAUUUAUCAAAUCACCCCUUUAAAGCUGGUUGCAGCCAUCACCAUACUCUAAUUAUCUGCUGUAAGAAUAAGUAUUUUAUUUUGCUGUCCUGAAAUUUCCAAUGUGCAUCCUCAUUGAGUGGCCCAAGGUUCUAGGAAUAUAUCAGAGUGAGGAAAGCAAGGUAGAAAAUUGUCGUCAAACAUCAGGCUUAUUAGGCUCAUUCUGCCCCUGCAAUGCUUCAUCAGCUCCCUUACCUGUUCACCCCUUUCCACUAAUAGCCAGGCUUGUCUUUCAGUUGGAGUUGUGUUUUUUUCUGGUUAUCUUUUUUGAUUGGCUGCUUGUCCCACCUGCUUCCUCCUUCUCAGCUCUCUUCCAGAAGCCCCUCUGCCCUGUGUAAACGUUUCUCCUCCACAAACUGACAUUUUACUUCCUUCACAUAAUUUGCUGCUCAAUUGGAACCUGCAGAAGAUAAAUGAUAGCAAUUUAUUUUCCAGGUAAUGUGCCAUUUUUCAAGUCAUAAUCCCAGCUACUUUCCUUUUGGAACUAUGUAUAUCGCUGUAUAUUUACACUGCACCACCCUCUUCUGCUUUUUGAGAUGACUCAGGUUCAUAUACCGCAAUUAAAAUCAUUCUAUUCUGUGGAAAUCCUUAUCCUCGUUUAUAAAAGAAGCAGGAGGUCCUGGGAGCUAUACUCAGUUUUGCAGUGUGUGCUGCUUUUGGCUGCCAAAGCAUCCUGUACAACUGGAUUUGGCUUGCCGUUCUCAAGUUUUAGGAAUCUCUUUAGACAAGCCACACUGCAGCUUCCAAACUCUAAAUAGGUAUGAGUCUUGGAGCCUCAGGGGACUGAAAAUCCCCUGGUAAUUUAUUUUAAAUAAUACAGGUAUUCCCUAAUUUACAUCAUUUUUCUGCAUAGAUGUCAAUCAGUAGUACUGUAGUGCUGAUGUAACUUUCAUGCUUUAUGAUUUUGUAUUGCUGGCACAUCCUUCCUAACACUUAAGUGCUGCUGCACCUAGUCUUUAGAUCAGGUGUUUUGGCAUAAAGAAGCUGAACUGAAAAGGCUGCCAAUCACCGUUGCUAUACAUGCAAUGUUUUAUAAUUUGCAAGUCUUUGACUUUGUAAUGAAGAGCAGCCAUGUAGUGGCUGCUUUUAAAUCCAGGCACAUGAGUGCUGCUCCUUGUGGGUGAGCAAUAUGUGCGGUCCCCCUUGUGUACCACGUUAUUGCAAGACAUAGAGGUGUGUAGCAGCCUGUAAGGCAAAGUGUUACAAAUAACUGAUGUGCCAACACUGGACAUUCUGCAUGAGACACCAGUUUAAAGUGCUCUUUAUGUAAUGUGUCUGCUUAUCAUUUGCAUCCACACUCAGAGCUUAGGUAUGAAAAGGUAUGGAGCGAUAGCAAACAGGAGAAUGGAUCUUGCUGAAUUCACUCUGUUGUGGCCUGUCAUGGACAAUAGCAUGAACAGCCUAAUUAGCACUCUUCUUUGUUUUACAUAUGUGCAAUUAUUGCCUCAUUAAUGAGGCACUGUCCUUUCCAGGAUAAUGUUUUAUUGUUUGAGCUGAAGCCCCGUAGCAAUGAAUGAACAAUACAGAUGACCAACUGAGCAACUGGCAAACGUGUGCAAGUUCGCCUGUUUCUUAAAUGUUGUGCUGAAGUGUAGCAAUGGUUGGCUUGGUCUGCGGUAAUUGUUGCUUCACCAGUAGAUACUUAUAUAUUCUGUGAUAUAUCCACCUGCCCCACCUAGCCCCCUUGUUGCACAACACAGAGCUGUAACUUCUGUUUCUCACCUAAAAAAAAUAUUCCACUCUGAAACACAUUGUAGUAAUCCUACCACUAUGGAGUUAAAUUUAGAACCAUUUGUCUCUACAUUUAGAUUUUUCAUUUCAGUUCCUUUCAGUUUCUGCCCUGUGUAUUCCAGCAAAAAUUAGUCAUUUUUCCUUAAGCCCUAUUCAGAUGUUUAGCUGAAUGCAUCAGGGCCCAAAGUGUGUGCAUGGCUGCAUCUUCUCCUAACCUUUCUUUAGAGUGAAUGCCUGAAGGGAGAAUCCAGCUAUAUUCAACAGACACUGGUUCUAAACCUGUGGAGAUUGGGAGUGAAUAUUGGGAUAGGAGCAACGUGGGGGUGGGGUGGUGCAGUGUACACAGCCCAGCACAUAGGUGCCAACUCUGUGAGGCCCUGGUCCCUUUGGUCCUCCAAUAGAAUAUUUAGGGGGAGCUGAACCCUCCCUAUUUUCCACAAGUUGGCACCUUCCUCCCUUGGACAGCCACCUCCCUCCUAGCUGGACACCACCCUCUUUUACAGGCUUGUGUCCUCAUGGUGAAGGGAGGUGGUGUGGAGAGAGGGGAGAAGUGAGGAGAGGCACCCCCCCCAAUAUUUUCUUCAAGUUGGCGUCUGUGACCAGCAUCUUGUGCACCUAUUCACCACAGACCCCUUGCUAAUUUCUUCUGGUAGAGACAAGAAAAGGGUGGUUCUGACCUUUGUAAAAUCCAGUUUGCUAAUAUCUCAAGGUAGUGCAUGCAUUUUACACACACACACACACACACACACACACCACUGUGCUCGCACAUGUUUUGCGCACGUUUUCAAAGUUGUUGCUACAGAGAUGAAAUGGCAUACCUUCAAUCUCUUCAAUUAAAUGAAGAAGUGGUUUAGAGAGGAAACACAUAUAGAAAGAAAAUGCUGGAAAUUAGUGCUAGGCGAAAGUGAAGUGAAGAAUCAACCUGAUAAGGAGAGCAGGUGGUGAACACGCAAUAAAUGAAACUUAAAAUGUUGAUUUUGCCUUUUACAGGCUGCUGGUUUCAGAGGCUGAGUGGCGGUUUAUGUGUACACGAAGUAAAACUGGAAAAACCAGUAGCUUGGAGGAUUUGUAACCGACAGGGGCCUAGGCUAUCUAACAUUGUGAGGCUCAGCUGAGUUGGAAAAGCCACUUUUAAUCCAUAAACGGUUGCCCAGGGGUUUCUGAGGAUGUGUGUGGAGAAAUGAGUAUAGUGGAUGCCCUAGAUAUGUUUUGUACUAUGUGGCCCGGAAAGUCCUAAUCCUGCAUCAGAAAUGUUUCCCCGCUAGCAAAGCAAGAGAGGAAGGAACACAGGUUAAUACUAAAGUACAAGCUUUGUGUGAAACAAGUAUCUGGGUUUAGUCCCUGGCAUCUGGGCUGGGAAGGACAUGUGCCAGCCAGGAUAGAGAAUCCCAGCUUGCUUGGACCAGCAGUUUUAUUUGCUGUUAAGCAGCAUUCCAUGAACUUGCUAUUGUUCCAUCUCAGACAGGGAAGUUAGUGAAGAGAUCUGAUUCUGAUAAUUGAGGGAUGAGGAGAGUUGCCAGCAGAAGUACAGUGAAACCAGAAGAUUGCAAACAAGAUUGGGCUUCUAACACAGUUCCAGGAAACGGACCACUUUUGCUUCAUAAUAGGCAUGUGUCUAAUCUUCUCAAAGAAUGUCCGCAUGCCUCUUAAAGACAGAUUGAAUUGCUCAUUUAAAAAAGCAAAAUGUUCUGAGGAAAUAGAACUUGUUUGUAUGGUCAUCAGUGACAAAACCACUUGUAAAAUGGUAUUGAGAGCCACUGCAAACAGCAGAGAUACUUUGGGCAUGGGGGAGAAGGAAGUGGAGUUGGAAUGGCAGGUAUACUCCCAGUGCCAGAUUGGAGCCUUGUUUGCUUCCUGGUUCAGAAUGCCCGAAGGAGGAGUACAUGGUGAAUCCAGAUAAGAACUCCUUGUUACUCCUUAGCUGCUUUUACAACCUGUUCCUUACAGAGGCAGCUGGACGGCUUUUAAGACUGGCCAAUAUUUCAACUAUGCUUCAGUUAUUAUUAUUCAGUACAAGGUUCUGGGUCCAGCUUUCUGGAGGUAGAAUUAUUCUGAGUGCAUUGGAAGAAUGCUGCAGUUUCCUGAAAAUACCCAUUUCCACAUUUGUGAUAAACUUAGCAUUCCUUACAGCAGCUAAGUGACCUUUACUAGUAUGAAAGCACUUUCUGCUUAAAAGGGUCUCUUUACUAUUGAUUGAUCAUCGCAGGUGGGAGAAAGCAGGGACUGAGAACAUGGAAAGCUGCCUUAUACCAACCAACUCAGACCACUGUUCAUCCAGCUCAGAGUCAUCUACAUUGUACACCAGGGGAGGGUGGUCUUGCAGGAUCUACCAUAUUAUUGUACUAGAACUCAUGAGAUCCCCCAACCAGAGCCAGGUGCAAAAUAAAUUUAGCUAAGGGCUUAUCCACUUCCUGUUGUCCCACUGCUUUCCCCUGGGGGAAAAAUGCUCUUUUGUUAUCAGUCAGAACAAAUGGCACGGGUUUUUCGUGAACUGCCAUUUGUUCCAAUUUAAAGCUAAAGAGCAGGUUUUUCUUGGGAAAUGAGUGGGGCAAGGGGAAACUUGCUUAGACCCAUGCUUUCUAGGCAUGGGGCAAGCAGAAGUGUGGACAAGCCCUAAGAAUUAAGGACAAGGUGCCCCUUAACAUAUGUUCAGCCUAGAUUUCCCUGCAGGCUUUCUUUGUUUCAGCAGCCUAAUUUAGGAUUUGUGUGUGUGUGUGAUAUUUUAUUUUUAUUUUAUUUAUUUUUUUAUUUGUACCCCACCCAUCUGGCUGGGUUGCCCCACCUAUUUCUGGUGUUGCUAUUACAGUGGUACCUCGGGUUAAGAACUUAAUUCGUUCUGGACAUCCGUUCUUAACCUGAAACUGUUCUUAAUCUGAGGUACCACUUUAGCUAAUGGUGCCUCCUACUGCUGUUGCGCCGCCGGAGCAUGAUUUCUGUUCUCAUCCUGAAGCAAAGUUCUUAACCUGAGGUACAAUUUCUGGGUUAGCGGAGUCUGUAACCUGAAGCGUCUGUAACCUGAAGCGUCUGUAACCCGAGAUACCACUGUACUAGACAGUUGGAAUCCCUUACCAAGCUCCUGGAAAUUACCCAGAGAUCUGCCAGUAGUUUCCAAUGUACCGCCACACCUGCUUGAUACAGUCUGGCGGGGUUUCAGACAGAAGUCUUUCCCAGCUCUGCUUGGAGACACUGGGAGGGUUUUUUUAAAAAGCAACUGCACCAAUUCCCCAUUGUACCCCCCCCCACACCAAAAUAGCAAAGGCUGAACAAACACAAAGUGUGCUUUACACUCUGUAUCAAUGGCAGUUUCUCCAUAGGAGCCACUAGUUCUUAUAAAUGAACCGUCAGUAUAUGGUAGAUGAGUCUGCCUUAGUUUGGUGACAGGUGCAAAAACAGGAAUAUUUUAAGAGUAACUACAAGGAUAAAAUGAAGUGUUACCUGCCAAAAGGUGAAGGUGAAUAAGAGGUGGUUCCCGCCCAAAAGAAGAUGUUUUAAUCUGGCUUGGGCAGUUUAUUUUAAGUAUGGAAAUGGAGCACAUUCUACCCUGAUACAAUUUGGGUACAUGCUGUCCCUGACAUUUCAUGUCAAUUAACUGCUUAAUAAACACUUAUGCAUCACAUGUCUAAUUUCCCCCUUUUUCCCCCAAACUUCACAUUAUUAGUUUUCUAAUGGUACAGUUUCCCCUCAACUCCUCAUUUCUGUCCAACCGCACACUGAAGAAAAGGCUUUGACAUAGGGGGUUGAAUCUGGGACGUUUUGUAUGCAAAACGUAGAGCCGAACAAUAGCCCUUCCCCAUUGUGUUAGACCAAAUGUGUGUGUGUGUUUUAAAUUUAUCUACCAUCUAUUUUCUACAGAAGAAAAGUAUCUUUUCUUUACAUGAGUGUUAAUUGUUUUUCAUAAUAUACCCCUCAUUUGUGUUUUUAUUUUUUUUUCAUAUUUCGUAUAUGUUCUUGUCUGGAAAAGUGGUUUGUCAGUAGAAUUCUUUUUAUUUCUCCCCCUUUUUCUGACUUACCUGCUAUUCAUUGCACUCGGGUAGGUUAUCCUUACAAUGUGCCAAAUAAAGAACAGCUCAGGCAAGUGCCAGGAGCAAAUGUCAGUCUCUUGCCAAGGAAAAUAAAUGGAUAUGUACAGUAAGCUUAUGUCCAGGAGAAUUGUCUUGAAUCGCACAGAAGUUCUUGCUCAUUAAAAGUGGAAUUUCCUUAAUAGCCUGGAAAUGUCAAACUCUGUGCUAAUCUAUUGCUCUUGAGUGAUGGGUGUGCACACAUACUUGCAGAUAGAGGGAUGGUGAGCAGACAGAAUCAUGUAUGCCUUACAGAAAAUGGGAAUGCAAUGACCAAGUUCAGAUGUAACAUUAGACUAUGGUUGCAUGAAUCUGGACUGCAUGAAUCUCGUUUUUUGACAGAAUUACAAGCCUGGUAGAUGAAGGGAACGCAGUGGAUGUAGCCUACCUUGAUUUCAGCAAGGCAUUUGACAAGGUGCCCCAUGAUAUUCUUGUAAAGAAGCUGGUAAAAUGCGGUCUUGACUAUGCUACCACUCAGUGGAUUUGUAACUGGCUGACUGACCGAACCCAAAGGGUGCUCAUCAAUGGUUCCUCUUCAUCCUGGAGAAGAGUGACUAGUGGGGUGCCACAGGGUUCUGUCUUGGGCCCGGUCUUAUUCAACAUCUUUAUCAAUGACUUGGAUGAUGAACUCAAGGGCAUCCUGAUCAAAUUUGCAGAUGACACCAAACUGGGAGGGGUGGCUAACACCCCAGAGGACAGGAUCACACUUCAAACCGACCUUGACAGAUUAGAGAACUGGGCCAAAACAAACAAGAUGAAUUUUAACAGGGAAAAAUGUAAAGUAUUGCACUUGGGCAAAAAAAAUGAGAGGCGCAAAUACAAGAUGGGUGACAUCUGGCUUGAGAGCAGUACAUGUGAAAAGGAUCUAGGAGUCUUGGUUGACCACAAACUUGACAUGAGCCAACAGUGUGACGCGGCAGCUAAAAAGCCAAUGCAAUUCUGGGCUGCAUCAAUAGGAGUAUAGCAUCUAGAUCAAGGGAAGUAAUAGUGCCACUGUAUUCUGCUCUGGUCAGACCUCACCUGGAGUACUGUGUCCAGUUCUGGGCACCACAGUUCAAGAAGGACACUGGCAAACUGGAACGUGUCCAGAGGAGGGCAACCAAAAUGGUCAAAGGCCUGGAAACGAUGCCUUAUGAGGAACGGCUAAGGAAGCUGGGCAUGUUUAGCCUGGAGAAGAGGAGGUUAAGGGGUGAUAUGAUAGCCAUGUUCAAAUAUAUAAAAGGAUGUCACAUAGAGGAGGCAGAAAGGUUGUUUUCUGCUGCUCCAGAGAAGCGGACACGGAGCAAUGGAUCCAAACUACAAGAAAGAAGAUUCCACCUAAACAUUAGGAAGAACUUCCUGACAGUAAGAGCUGUUCGACAGUGGAAUUUGCUGCCAAGGAGUGUGGUGGAGUCUCCUUCUUUGGAGGUCUUUAAGCAGAGGCUUGACAACCAUAUGUCAGGAGUGCUCUGAUGGUGUUUCCUGCUUGGCAGGGGGUUGGACUCGAUGGCCCUUGUGGUCUCUUCCAACUCUAUGAUUCUAUGAUUCUAUGAUUCUAUGAUUCUAUGAAACUUGAGUGCUUGACUUUGUGUUCCCACAUAUUUUUUUACAUCCAACAAACAGUUAGCUUUAAAAGCAUUGUAGGCUGCUCUAGUUCCAUAUCUAAUUCAAAAUGCCGAAUGCUGCUGCAUAUAAGACUGAAGCAAAAAUUAAACCAACCCCCCCCCCCCCACAAAAAAACCCCUGGCAUUCAAAGAGGCAAAUUGAUAGGUCUGGAGGAUAUUCUGACAAUAGCUUGAAUGAGGCACACAGAGUGAAGGGUGGGAGGGAAGGCACUGUACCCAUUAAACAAGUGCAGGUGGUUGGGAUGCAGCGGUGCAUCUCACCCAGCAUCAUUAACCGUGACUGGGAAUUGCUUUCCCACAGAGGCCUUUCUCGGUCUUGGGGCUGCAUGCUUGCAAAGCAAGUGCUCAGCAGCUGAGCCUCUGCAGGUUCAGUUAAAAGACUGUGGAUCCAGCCUGGAAGCUCAACUUGUAGCUGUUACACUUGAGACCCCUUGGACUUGACUUUCAUUACAGAAAAGUAGCACUUGUAGCCCUUCUGAGCUUCAUCUGGAAUUGUACUUACUACGUAAUUUUUCCUCCUUCAAGAAUUUUACUAUCCCAGUGAAAUGUUUUAAAAAUACUGGAAGCUGGUUACCGGGAAUUGCUUGCAUAGGCUGAAAGAGAGCAAUGCACUGCCCUGUUCUCUGCUUCAACCAGUAAUGAGAAUUCUGUGCCACUGUGCAUACAGAUAAGGGCAGGGAUCUGGGCCAAAUCUCUUGGGCUGAGCCCAAACGAUUGCCUUUUGUUCCAUGUUAGUUUGUUUUUUGUCCUUUUCCAUUCUUGUAUUUCUCUUUACAUGUUUGCAGGGUACACGUGCAGACAUCAGUACAGGGAUGGAAAGGGACACGAGACAUGACAAGGAGGGAAGCUUCCCUUGAUGCCAGUAGCACUUUCCCUCCUGGUUCAAAUAGCAGCUUUGGGGGCACGGGGCAAGAACGAUUUUUGCCAGGAACAUGGCUGACAGACACUGUUAACUGCCCCUUGGUACAGGGUCCAAAUCCUGAUCCCCCCUCGGCCACAAAUUAUAAGAAAGCUAGGCACAUUAAUUUCAACCAUCCGUUGCCAAGUUUGGCCCCCAGCUUUGCACUGCUGACCAUAGUUUCAAGCGCCACCUCCAAGUGACAUUCUGCACAUCUUUAUUUGGAGGGUGAUGUUUAGCCCUGUUGAAUGCCUGUGAUUUGGAAGACUGGGGGUUCCACUCAGCAUUGUUCCAUGGGCAGAUGUGCAGUCCACUUACACCAGACAGAGCAAGUACUGAAAAAGUGUGUGUGUUUUUGUCACUGGGUCAUACAUAGUUUUGUUUCUGACUACACACCCAAUUUUCCAUGGCUCUGUUCCUGAGUAGUUCACUCUCUAGGUUCAGCCUCUGUCCCUCUCCCUUCUUGAACACAUUCAUUAACCUCUUUCUGUUAUGUACGUUGUGAUGGUAGACGUGAUGAAACUAAAAUGAAGCCAAGUAAAUAAUAAUAAUAAUAAUAAUAAUAAUAAUAAUAAUAAAUUUUAUUUAUAUCCUGCCCUCCCCAGCCGAAGCCGGGCUCAGGGCGGCUAACAACAAUAAAACAGUACAAAAGUACAGCAUAAACAACAUUCUAAAAUCAUUCAUUCUAAAAUUAAUUAAUUCAAGCCACUGGCAACCAUUGGGCCAGAGCUCCGCAAAGAUUGCUGAGGGAGGGAGUCAGGCUGUGCCCUGGCCAAAGGCCUGGUGGAACAGCUCUGUCUUGCAGGCCCUGUGGAAAGAUGUCAAGUCCCACAGGGCCCUGGUCUCUUAUGACAGAGUGUUCCACCAGAUCGGAGCCACAGCCGAAAAAGCCCUGGAUCUAGUUGAGGCCAGCCUAACUUCUCUGUGGCCUGGGACCUUCAAGAUGUUUUUAUUUGAAGACAGUAAGUUUCUCUGUGGGGCAUACUAGGAGAGGCGGUCCCGUAGGUCUCCAACACUUUUUGGUUGCGGGGGCAGGGAGCAGAGUAGUGACAUACUCCCUGCAGAAGUUUUACAUGGCAAAAGCUUUGCAGUCCUUGGUGGUGCACAUAUUUGUAUUUGGUUGAGGAAAAUACUGGGUGCUUUUUAAAAGCACAAAACCCGUAGCAUUUUCUCCUGUAUUAAAAUGCAUUUUCUUCCAAAGUCUGAUAGUUCUUCUGUGAUCAAGUGGCAUAUACUGUUCUAGAAGAAAAUGCGUGUGGCUGCACCUUUCUGUAAAAACUGGAUGUGCUGAGAAAGAUCAAGGGAUUUCAAAAACCUUCCCUGUCAAACAGUCUUAAUAUAAUAACUCUUGUCUUACCUUUUCCCUUCCCUGAUAUUCAAGUGCUGUGAAACUUCAAAGGCUUGGCUUGUUUUCAAUUGCUAUUUUGAACCACUUGCUGUUCAUCAGCCUAGGAACAAAAUCACUUUUUACACACUAGCUAGAUCUAAUUUAAAUGGUGUUUGAGAAAGGCUCUAUAUUUUCAUGAGCCCUUUGUCUCUUAUUAGUUUAAGAAAAUGCUAAUAGAGUGCCAAAACAUUGUUUAACAUGUCACAAAACCCCAAAGCUUGUUCUGCAACAAAGCUAAAUAAGCCUUCUGAAUUUAAGUUAAGCAGGAGGAAAAAUAUAUCAUGUUUGCACUAUAAAUGAAGGUGCUGAAGAACUAAACUUUUUCCUUGAACAAGUUCAGCAAAAUCCUUUGAUUUACCGUACUUAUUUUCUCUCUCCUUUUUGCUCUGUAUAAAAGAAGAGCAAAACCCUCUCAUGCUUGUUUAUAGCCUUGCCAACAGAGUUGGAAAGGAGUGCCUGGCCUUUGCCAAUGAAGAGUUCACCUGGGUGUGAGAAUGAGUACCUCCUCUAUGUAGAGAGCACUGAUCUUGGGGAGGGCAAGACGGUUCAAACAAGACACAGUAUUUAUGUACUAUGAAAGGUGUGGGGGAGACAUGGGAGGCAGCUGCAACGGUUAUACAUUACAGCAAGGGUUUUUCUUUAACUUGCUUACCUGUGUGGGGUGCUGUGUCCUUGCAUCUCCAGUUGUGGGAGCAGAAGGUAACUUGGCAUUUGGGCCUGAAGCUCCAAGGUGAGAUACUGUACCAGAUAAGGUUCUGGGAAGAGAGGUGGAGGCUUCUGCCAAAGUCGAAAGCUGUCAAAUCUUCAGUAUGGGAUUGCAUCCUAAUUAAAUUGCAAUUCAUUAUUUAUGUUUGCUUACCAUUUUUGAGCUUUUCUUUUGAUAUACUUCCACGCUUGUCUUUAUCAGCGCUGAAUUUCUCCUGCUGUUUUAUUGUCUCUCUCACAGCCCUUUAAAGUUAGCUUCUUUGAGAAAUCUUGCAUCCUUUUGCCUGACUUGUGUGUGCUUUUGCCUCAUUUGACAGCUCCCUUUCUGAUUAAUUUAUGCUUAUGUCAAACAGAGGCCCCAUUAUUUGCUUCAGAUUCUUUCUUUCUGUCGGUGGCUUCAUCAGAUCUUUAAAAGAUUUGAUUCUCGUACCACUUCUUGGUUUUCAUAGGAGCCUCUUAGUUUGGGAGCUCUGGGUUUGCAUGUACAGAUUGUGCAGAGGUCUGUGCAUAUUAAGUUGAUUGCAAGCAAGCUUUUUUGCAUACACUGCCUUAAGUCAAACAUGUGGAUGGCAGGUGGAACCAGCAGGUGCCCCAUGAAGGGGACGGUGGUAAUCCUGUUUGUCACUGUGCAGGCACUUUGAAGGUCUGCAGUUUGACACUACACAGGCUGUAAGAACAAAGGCAGGGGUUUCUCAGCAACAUCAUUGCUCUUAUGCAGCUGCCCUACAUGUCUUUGUUCAAAUGCAGAGCUUUUUCUCAGGUAUAUAGAUUUGGGUGUUAGAAAUAAUUAGGUGGUUUUUUUAAAAAAAAAAGAAAUAAUGAGGAAAUCUUAGAACCUUAUUUCUAAACAGAUUAUGAUCUAUUCAUUUCCUUACUAUUUAAAUUGGGGGGGGGGAGUGGGAAGAUAAGGUGCUCAACUUGCAGCUUAACACAAAAGGUGAUUUUUGCCAGGCUUUAAGGCUAACUCUUCCAGCCGGCUGCAUUUGCCUUGAGCAUUAGCUUAACUUCUGCAUAAACAUCCCUCCCUGGCCUCUGCACAGAGGAAGGUGUCAGGUUUUCAAGGUGAUUAGCAGGGAACACUUUACCCAUGUAGCAGCUGUUCCUCCAUAUGGAUGUGUGGAACACAGUCAAAGAUAAGUGAAGGGCAGGGCAGGAGGUGUCCACAGAAAGCAAAAAACCGGCUUUCAUCAAUCCUGAUAAAAUUAACAUCUGGGAAACUUUUACAAAAGGCUGCCUUUUUGUUGCCGCUGUUUCACGUAGGGCUACUUCAUGUAUUACAAACAGAAAAGAGAUUAAUCUACAUGUCAGGUGAUGCGUGAGCAAACUGCCAACCUGGACCUAAUCGCUGCGUGGAAUUAUGCUUAACACCAAAGCACCUUUGUCCACAAAAUGGCACAGCCAACUCUGACCCUGAAUGGUAUGGGGAUGGUGUGGUGCAUUUUUUUUCCUUUCAAAGAAGCCUCCCUUCCCCACAUUAAAUGCUGGAAUUCUGGGAUGAACUGGGAAUUGGGAGUGCACGCCUGAUUCUCUGACUCCAGUCCUCUACGUUCCAAGAUACUUUAAUAUUUUGAAGGGUCUUCCCUCCUAUUAUGCAUUAUUUUUUUACAUUUAUAUCCCAACAGUCCAAGGAGUGGAAGGUGCUGUACAUAGUUCUCCUCCCUCAUUUUAUCCUCACAACAACCCUGUGAGGUAGGUUAGGCAGCGACUGACCCCAAGGUCAGCACCCAGUGAGCUUCAUAGCUGGGAGGGGGGGCAUAUUUGAACCCUGAUUUCCCCGGUUUUCGUGCAACACUCUCUCGACUACACUACAUUGGCUCAUAAAUAUUACUGUAUCCAAAUAAUGCAAUCCCAAGCCAGAAUGAGAUUUUCUGGCUCGCUGUAGCUUUUAGAAGAAUGCAGCUACAAAUGAAAUGAGUAGUAUUAGAUCACAAGGAAGGCAGUUGGGGACCAGAAUCUGACGUUAGGCAGAGUGAGGCAGCCGCCUCAGGUAGCACAUGCUGUGUGGGUGGUGGUGCGGCAGCGAGAAGCUGGAGGAUAGAGGUAGGUGUGCACCACGUGGUCUACCCUGCAUGCCCCAUGGGAUGUGGUGGAGUGCGCCAUCUUUGCUAGUGCUGAAGUAAGAUUCAACAGCCGGUCCAGUUGGCUUCUCUACAUAGAAUGGAUAGCACCAGAGUGCCUUUAACCCCAGGCAGCAGAAUGUCUUGGGCCAGCCCUUUCAGGGACAAUAGAACACAUUAUAAAGAGUUUUUAUAAGAAAGACAUAUAAAAAGCAUGUUAACCUAGCCACUCGGGGACUUAGCUGGAGAUUGCAUUUGCUAUUAAGCAAAUGUAUGAUAUUAAUUACAUUUGUUCCUAAGAAAGUUACCAGUGCAUUUGCAAGCAGGCCUUUGUUCUUGUCGGGGAGCAGAACAAGCUUCUCUCUUACGGCAUCUAGAUUCUGAAGCAAGAUAGAUCCUAAACAAGGUAGUUUGCUGUAUUUUUGUCCCAAGCAAAAGUCAAGAUUGUUUUUAUGGGAAGGAUUUUUGAUUUAUUUGAUUUGUUUGCGUGUUGGCUGCUCUUCGGCCAAGGCUCUCAGAGCAGUUCAUAAGAAUUAAAACAAUAAUAUACAAUGACAGUGUGAUAGCUCAGCCAGUAGAGCAUGCGACUUAAUCUCAGAGUUGUGGGUUCGAGCCCCAUAUUGGGCAAAAGAUUCCUGCAUCACAGGGGGUUGGACAAGGUGACCCUCAGGGUCCCUUCCAGCUCUACAAGUCUACGAUUCUGUGAAUAUCAAGCUGUACAAUAUGUUGCUAAUAAAGAAGGCAACAUUCCAGCAUGAUGAAACGCAAACAAGCCGAAAGACCUGGGCAAAUAAAAAGGUCCUCACCUGGCACCAAACAGAAAACCAAGGCUAAGGCUGUGUACUACAUACCACACAUUUUAAUGCAUCUUACUACCUCCGAAGGAAUAACUUUUUCUUUUUAUAAAUGAAAAUUAGGUAUAUUUACUGUUUGAAGCUGGACACAAAAAGGAGAGUCGCUGUUAAGAGAGGAAGAAGAGCAGUUGCCCAGUAGGAUUGAUUAAUCUUUAUUAAGUUAGUUAAUAUUAGUGGCUAACAGCAGAACUGAAUACGGUACAUAUGAAAUGUAUAGAAUGAACACAGAGUCCAUUAAACAGAUUAAACACAUGACGUUUGCAUUUUCUACUAAAAUGAGAAUGGCUACAUCAUAGCAAGUAGGAAAUGCCAAAAUAAAUAUAUACCGGUAGAUCAGCCUCAGAAUAAAUAUGUAGAACAGCCCUGUAUGCCUUCAUCGCAAAGAAACAGAGAGCGCAUUACUUGGUCAGGUGACUCAUGAGAGAAUUGGUGGACUUGGCUCAUUUCCAGAACCGUUCUCUCUGGCCCUGGUCAAAUACUCCAGUACUCCAUCUGUUUAGAGAACUAAAGAAAUAUUGUUUUGCCUUUUAGGCAACACUUUAUAUCCGGGUUUCUCCAGGAACCUGUUUAAUGAACAACCAGUUUUGUUACACUAAUCCCUAAUAAUGCUAGGAUAAACAUAGUUUUGUUUGCUAAAUAUUUAGAAUCUAGAGGAGCCCUGAGAAUUUAGAGCAGUUGUGAAUAAAUAUGCUUCGUAAAAUCAACCACAACCACAACUACAACAGCAACCACAACAAUCCCUGCCCCUGGAUUCUAUCACCUUGCUCUGCAUAACUCAGAAAUGAUGCAGGGAGCAAAGGAUGCCUUCCCUGCACCAGGCUUUGUGUGUGAUCUCAUGUUUCGCAAAGCCAAAUCAAUAGGUAUAGGAAGAGCGCUCCCUAUUUUCUCUCGCUUGAAAAUGCCACCCAUCUAGCAUUUCCCUUAUAAAGAAAACAUGGGGUUGUGAAUCCUGUGUUUUUUCUUCUAACAUGUAGACCUGCCAGGAGUCGGGGAAAUAGGAUUUUGCUGCACGUAGUAAGGUAACUGGAGCUCUCAUGUACCCUGGCUCUACUAUGGAUUUGGAUAACAUUUGUUCAUACUCCGCACAACUACAGUACCAGCACAGUUUCUUUCUAGUGGCAUGAACACCUUCUCUGGAAAUGGGCUUGUGCUUAGUAAAUGGAAUCUCAUCUGCUUUAAGGUCUGGCUUGUUAUCAACAGAACAGUUAUUCAAAACUGCCUUGAUUCUGGAAUUUGUAGGCAUAUGCAUAGGAUUAUAGAAGUCCAGUUUAUUUUCUCAGUUAGUAUAAAUUAGAAGUAGCUGCUCUAGAGAAUAGAAUUUCAUGUGUCUAUAGGAUAGACCAGCCCGUGGCACGUUUAGUGUGCUACCUCAAUGUUGGGGCCACCAAAUCUAGUUUACAUGUUCCUAUUGUGCAAAAUUCUGUGGCUCUGAGCAUAAUAACCUGAUGUCCUGUGGAGAGCCAAUCUUCUAUAAUAAGUGGGAAAGCAUCUAUCAUUGGUGCUAAAUGCGCACGGUGUUAUUUCACCCCUGCACUUUCUCUUUCAGUCUGAAUACCAUUAUGAAUACACAGCAUGUAACAGCCAAGGCUCCAGAUGGAGAGUAGCUGUGCCGCACAACCCAGGACUCUGCACCGGCUUGCCAGACCCCAUCAAAGGCACAAAAUGCUGUAAGCUAUGACUGCUGUCACCACACCUUCCCUUUACAUGGUUUAUUCCAGCCAACUGGAGGCUCCAGAGCCACGUUGAGCCAUGGGGCACGAGAUGUCACAUCGUGCAAUGUGUUAAAAUGAGGUCUACCCCUGUUAAUAGUUGAACAUUCAGAAGAGAGAGAGAGAUACCAAUUUCAUGCUUAGAAUAUCCUUGAAUGCAGGCGGUGACCAUUUUUCGUGCAUCUGAUUGCCGUGCAACCGCCAAUGCCUGUGUUGCUUUUGGCCCCAGAAGGGGAUGGAACGGGUUUACUUGCGACUGCUGACACGUGCAGUGACCCGGAACGCAACCCCCACACAGGUGGAGAGUUGCCUGUAUUUUGUGUAUGUUAACUUCCUACACAUAAAGUUAGCAUUGGCAUACAUGACUUGAAAUUGACAUGUUGCUGAAAUUUUGUAAUGAUGCACUUAGAUACAAAUUUGGACACCACCCCCCCAAUGUUAAUGGCUGGGGGAGUGGGAGGAUGGUGCAGUAUUGCCUCUCCAUUGCUGAUGGUGCUCUGCUAUGCCAGAGGUCCUGAGCUUCUCUCUGACAGGUGGGAAGCUUCUGCUGGUGGGUUUUCCCAUUGGCAGUAAACCACAGAAAGCCUUGAAAUGGGACAUUGCAGGGCACCAGAGGCUGUGAGUCUGUUGGAUCCAAAGCCCCACGGAUUCCCACAGGGGCCAGAUCCUAUGACUAGUUAAUGAGCAAACCAGGAUUAGGAACCAUAGUUACAUCUUGGUUUGUUCUCAUUCAAUGAAUUUUAAGCAAACCACAAUUCUUGGAGUCUGGAUGUUGUAGGGAACUGUGGUUUGAAAUUGUAUAAGAAGCUACACCAGUGGUGAACUGGAUGCGUAUGGGAAACAGAAGCAGGACAUGAGCACAGUAGGACUCUCCCAACUUGCGAUUCUUAUUAAGUGGCAACCCACAGAUCCCCAGAGUGCAGUCUGGCCAGGGCAAAUGCAUUGGGGCAGCAUGUUAUAUAAAUCUAGGAAUCACUCAAGGAAGUCUCUGUUUGGUUUUCAUUUGUCUUUUUCCCCUGAUCAGUUUUUCUCUUCUGCAUUUCAGCAUUUUCCUGCAAAGCUGGCGAAUUCUUGGACAUGAAGAACCAGUCAUGCAUGCCGUGUGCAGAGGGCACAUAUUCUCUGGGCACUGGCAUCAGGUUCGAUGAGUGGGAUGAGCUGCCCCAUGGUUUUGACAACAAAGCAACCAACCUUGAAAUUGAUUACAGCUUAUCAGAGUCCUUGGGAAACUGCAGCAUGUGAGUGAGCUUGUUGCUCUCAUUUCUGCUAGAGCACAUCAUUAUCACAUAGACUGCUGAUUCUAAAAGCUAAACACGUUGUUUAAGUGGGGGUGCUUGUGAAUUUCUCCACAGAUCCUGAGGGUCUGAAUUACCCAGUCUUGUUUUUGGAGCAGUAUCUUGCUAGUCUCCCGCCUUUGAUUUCCAGACUGCUGCACGUGCUCAGUUGAUGCCAUUCUCAAUUGUAGCUUCCCCUCCCUCCUCACAGCUAGGUGAUUCACAUCAGCAUGUAUGCAUAUGGAUUAAAUCUCUGUGCAAAAAAGGAAUCCUGAUGUGGUUGCAUCAGGGUUCAAUUUUAAACUGUGAUUUAAUCAAUAUGUAUAUGUGCUGGUGUGCAUUAGUCACUUUAAGGGGGCGGGGAGGAAGAGCCAUGAACUGCAAAUUGCGCAAUGUGCCAAGUAAAAAACUAACUUUAGAAUUCUCCAAGCCAAACCAAAAGGCAGGCAAAGCAGGAUGUGGAACAGAGCAACCCCAGAGAAUAGCGAUGGGAUGGGAUGGAAAAGGGAAAUGCUCUCUUCCCUAAAUUUGAUCAGUUGUUGCACUGUGUCUAUAGUAGGGCUGGUCCGAUGCUUUGGCAUCGGAGGCGAACCACAAAAUGGUGCUUCCCCAUGCCAGGGUACAAGGGGGUGAGUGAUGAUCUACAGCAGGGGGAAGUGUGUAUGUCGGGGGGGGGGUCUUGCAUGAGGAAAGAGGCCCACACUGAAUCACAGAACCAGGAGAUCCCAAAGGGCAGUUCCUGCCAUUUUCUUCCUAGGGGUGGGAGGGCACCAACAGCACCUCCUGUUUGCUGAGAGCAUGCAGUGGAGGCAGCAUGGUGGUGCUGAGGAGGAGGAGGAGGAGAAGGAGGAGGAGGAGGAGGAGGAGGAUGCAGAUCCAGCAUCCAAGUAGCCUGUCAUAGCUGUUGCUGCCCCCAUGGCAGCAGCAAUGGACAAUGCAUUUUUUUGAGGCUGGAUUUGCUGCAUUUGUGGAUCUUGCUACCUGAGGCAGCUUCCUCACCUUACCUCAUAGGUGGGCCAGCUCUGGUAUAUAGAUGAAAUGGUAAGUUCAUGUGCACCAGCACCCUAGCAUUUCUGACAUUUGGCACUCUCUGUGUGAGUGACAGUGUGUAAAUUCUCGCAAUGUGACCAGAAUUCUUCACCAGAGUUAAGUAAAUUAAAUACAUUUUGCAUAUAUUUACUUACUGUGCAUAAUUCAGUUUGCUUCCCCUAAUCAUAAGAGACAAAGAGGAUAUAUAAUGCACUGAAUCCCCAUUUCCUGCCAGCUGAAAUUCUGUUUCCCCUUUGCACCUGAGAUUUCACUCAUUUUGCAGCCAUAUAGACUAGACUCUCACUUUGGUUUGGUUUUUAAAAGGAAAGCCCAGGGUCCUGACUGGUACGGUCACACAGUAGUAAGAUACAGACAGUUGAUUAAGUUUUAAUUGCAAUAGCAGAUUCUGUCAUUGCUCCCACUGGGUUAUUUUGACCUGCUAAUUUUUACCUAGGGAACAGAUAUUGUGACUUUCUCAUUUUUAAGUCCAGGGAUUUGUUUGCUUACAAAACAGACAGCCAUUUAAUUUCUAAAUAAAAAAGUACAUUACUAGAUUCUGACAUUUUUAUUGCUUUAUGAAUUAUAGCCCCAGGAAUAGUGCACAGCAGUAUUGGGUUUUUUAAAACAUUUAAAAUUAAACAGACUUCACUGCAGAAAUGUACCAGCAUAUUAUUUUUCAGUAAUUUCCUAAAGUAUUGUAAUGUGGUUAGUUUGUAAAAUCAGUUCAAACCAGUAUUUAAUAGCUUUAUUUUCUAUUCUAAUUUCUCCCCCUUGGAAGUGACAAAACUAUAGGGGGUGGGAAAUCAAUAUUUUGCAAAAUGGGUACAAAGUGCUAAAGGAAAUGGAAUAAUUUUAACAUUAGAUGCCUUUAUGUAAAGGCAAAUGUGUGCCAGGGGAGCUGUGUAUUAUUUCUUUCAUUUAAAGGCCAUCUUUGAAAUUUCAGUUUUUGCUUCUUAGCAGUAAAGGAAGAUGGAAAAAUAACUUCUACUGCAGGUUUUUAAUAUGAAUCUCCAUUCAAUUUUAAUGAGCACAUUAUUUUUUCCCCAAUUUUGUCUGUCACUUCUAGUUUGCAUCUUUUUAAUUAUCAAGAAUACUAUUAGUCAAAUAGUAUAUAGAGAAGAUUUGUUGUCAGUUAUUUUAAUUUCUCUUCACAUGCCUUGUUUUACGUUCUGCUCUGAGAUCUCUGCUCAAGCAGUCUAGACCACUAUAUAUCUCCCUGUCUGGGAAAGGUUUGGAUGAGACAUAAGUAGGCCUCCCCCAGUGAAAAACUGCCUAUAUUGCUUGGGGGGCGGGACUCCACACCAGCAGAAAUACAUCUGCCCACCCACAGAUUGCUGGGCAGGUAAAAAUGCACCCACCAGCAGUUAACUUUGUGGAGAACCCCAAAACGGGGAGCAGGAUUACCCUCAGCAAUGGAGACAGGAGGUGUGGUGGAAAGGGAGGGGAAAAACACCAACCUGGGGUGAAGGCAGGGACCCAAGCUCAAUAGUGCUAGGAGCGAAACCAAAUCCAGAGGUAAUGGGAAGGAGGAAAAUCAACACAGCAAACUGCAGGGAGCAAAACUCAAUGUUAGUGGGGGGGGGGGGAAUGAGUGGGUUCACAUCCAGGGGAGUAAGUGUUCUGGUGGGUGCCAGAGGGGCACCAAGCAUUAGGAAACAGCAGCUGAUGGGGCAGGCAGAGGAGCUAAUGAAGGGAUGAAAGAUGUAGAACUGUGGUGGGAGCAAGUAGCUGGAGGAGGGGAGGAAGAGUUGCUGGGAGGGGCCCAGCCACAGGAAGAAAGGAGAAGUGGUGGAAAGCCACAGUGAUUGAUAGCUGGGGAUGCAUUCAGAAGGCUGCAGAAAUCUGCAGGAUUUGCUAAUGUUCUGGGCUGAAAAAUUGCUUGCAUGUGCAGCCUCCAUCAUCCUCCCUGCCCUGGCAGGGGUUUCUGCCCAGCAACAUCUUCCACCAUGGGCAGCUUCUGAUGGGUUGCACUGCUUUGGUGACUCAUUUAUGGGAUCAAGUCAUGGAAGCACCGGUGUCUCAUCGUCAGCUUUCAGAACACCCAUUUGAUCACCACAUGGGUGGUACAGUGUGCCCUAUAAUAGUGCCUAUCUGGAGUUACAGAGAAAGUGGCACGUAAGUGCAUUUGAGAGGAUUGGCUCCCUCUGCCUCCACCACUGCAUAUCAGGUUCCACCAGCAAGCAAUGGAAUGACACCUUUGGUGCCAUCAGGAAAUGAGCCUGGGAACUAAUCUGCUCUGGCGUGAUGUUAAUGGAGGCUUUGAACAAAGCCUUGGGGGCAGGUAAGAAGAUCCUUGCCCAUAUCCCAUCAAAGACAUGGACAACAGCCAGAGUGAUGUCAGUAAUGUAUCAGUGGCAUCGAUUCCCAAGGAUCUUGCAGGGAUGGGAGAGGUGGUGGUGCAGUGCCAGCACCAGUGGAGGAAGGUGUGGCUGUGGCUGUGGCUAUGGAGGCUGUCCAACCAGCUCAGCCUCUCCCCAGUGUUUCCCAGAGGUGAGUGUGCAUUCUCUUUGUGGAUGAGUUGCAUCCUCUCUGCACCCUGGUUUCAGUGAGUAUGUCUCGGCAGAGUUGCCAGGCACAAAGAUCAGCACCAUGGACAGCACUUGAGCUGUCUUCUGCUCACAUGCAUACUGCUCCUCUGAGGCCCAGUAGCCCUCAUGGACAUGGUGGUUGGCCUCCCACUUGCUGCCUUGCUGGACGCUGUGGCUGCCAUUCAACAGGGUAGGUCUGCACAAGAUCCUGAGAUGCCACUGCCUCAACCACCCAACAGACCGAGACCAGCACUUAUGCCACCUAUGGACCUGGACCAUAGGAGACUGAGGAGAGGAUGAUCCUCAUAUGGGAGUGGGAGAACAAUGAAACUCCUAGCAGCUUGGGAGGGGGCAGGCCCAAUCCAGGGAAUGUUGGGGUGAAUGAUGGGGGCAGUACCCUCUCCAAUGCUAAGGAUUUGUCUUUGGAGGGCAGCAACAGGGAGUGGAAAGGGGUGAUCAGCAGUGACAGCAGGCUUCGUCUUGGGGAUACUGCAUUGUUGGUGGGUCAUUGUCUGCUGGAGGUGAGGGAUGCAGGAGGAAUGGGAGGUGGCUUUGGAGGACGAGGCUACAGAUAGCUUAUUUGGAUGAAUCAAGAGUGGACUAAGAUGCUACAAACUUACAGAUCAACUUCAAACAAGCAUUCGAUCAAGGAAUUAAGCAUAUAAAUCAUGAAGCAGGGUUGUUAAGGUCUGGUGAAUCUGUACAGAUUUUCCUUUUCCUUACAUGACCAUCAUAAAUAAAGUUUCUCCUGCUGUGUUUGUGUUCCCCCUGCAGAAACACAUCUCCUCAAAUGCAAUAUUCCUCUAACAAUAAUACCUCUCAAAUUCCUUGUCACUAUCUUGGAGUUUUAGUUGUUCCUUUCAGAACAUGAGGCUUAAGAGGGCUGUUUUGCCUGACUUGCUUUUCAGCUGGAAUGUAAAUCUUCAGAUCUAUACUCACCAAAAUUCUUUCUACUUAAUUGCAUCUGCACCCCACCCUUUUCCCAAGGAGCUUAGGUUAGCAUACAUGGCUGUCCACCACCCAUUUUACCCAACUAUCCCUUAAGGCUGAGACAGUGACUUGUGCAAGGUCCACCCAGGGAGCUUCAUGGUCGAGUGUGGCUUUGGACCUGGAUUUCCCUGGUCCUGGUUGGAUUUUUAACCACGUUGGCUUUCAGUGCCUCUCUCCUGUGUUCUCUUCUGCACUGACAGUGAUCCCACAUUCACAUAAUUAGCACAAUGUUGCAAAGCCUUUCUAAAGAUACUGUGUGUAAUGUGGGUGUGCUAAUGUCUGCAUAUGAGUAAGGUGAUGUGGAGGAGGAACCUAACCCUUACCUUUUGUUUUGGAGCAGCCUGCCAGUGCAUUUAAUUAGAAACUGUGCAUCUUGGAAAAUUCAUGUGGCGUGCCUAUAUUCUUCCUUGCUGCUAGUCUGUUAAUAGGAGGCAAUGCAAACCUGCCCCUGUGUCUGUCUCCCCAGGUCAGGAAGGCUUAGAAGGGAACUGGUAUGGGGGCCUCCAGUUCUGAGGCAGGGAUAUCCAGAUCCAAUGGCUCUUCAUGGUCGCUGGCAAUAUGGAGAGCUUCUGAAAGAUGCUGGUACUCUUUUGAAGAGAAUCCAGGUCUGCGGUCUGGGCAGGGCUGACUCCUGACUCCUCCUACACAUUGCACUCCACAAAGAUAGGCCUAUACUGUAGCUUCCUAUGUUGUCAGUAGAACAGAAGUCUCUGUUCUGGUCCAUUAGUGAAGAUUGGAAGCCAACCUACCACCUUGACGUCAAUUUAGAUAGCUGUCCUAGCUGCCACAGUAGCACUAGCUGAUCUCUGCCAUAGCCCAGUCACCUGGAGUUGAGUCAUUCCUGUUUUGAGAUUACUUGUACUUUUUAAUCCUGAUAGGAAAAUGGAUGUUAAGCCUAAAACUGUUUUAGUGAGGGUAUUUUGUGAAGCCUGGAUUUGAAGGGGUACAGUGUGUUAGCUCUGCUUUACAAGCUCUGGGGCUUUAAGUCUGUCCAUUGGCCUCAAAUGCCCCGACCAGCGGAGCCCAGGACUGCCACCUUGUUUUCCUGCCUGGUGCUUUAAUCAUUUUGAUGCUGAAGAUAAGCUAGCGGAGACUCGUCAGGCAGAAGACGUCCUUUAAAGAGUGUUUUUUGCUAAAAAACUUAACACCAUGGUGCUGAAAAGUGUUUGUGCAACUUGCAAAUGUAACCUACUUCUCAUAUCACUUAAAUUAUUCAUCAAACUUCUAAGCACAGUUGUAGAAGCAGAGGGGCAGAUUAUUACCAUUGCUGGUUCGUCUCAUUAAGUAAAGGUCUGUCUGAUUCCUCCAGUUUGCCUUAGAUCCAGGAUACCUUUCAUGGAGUGGUGGCAACGAUGCAUGUGAAAGGUUCUGAGUUCCUCUUGCUGAAAAGAACAGGAGCAAGUAGCCUUUUUGUUUUCAUAAAUGUGUAUGAAAUCCCAAAGUAUGCAGUUUAUAGUAUUUAUUUUUGGCUUUUAUCUCUCUUCUGCUGCAAAGUGAAUAAGAUCCUUGCAUAUUUUUUCAGACUGAAAAUGAUGAGCUGAGGGGAAGGAAUGGGCUUCACAGGCUGUGGAACACAUCUGAUUGAUCAGGAAGUGUAAUUUUUGGGGGCUGGAGGGUUGUCUUAAGUCUGGAAGAAAAUAGGCAGGUAUAAUAUGGGGGGGAGAACGAGGUUGAAGAAGAACAGAUGGUAAGAGAGGCAUGUGUAACUAGAUGACAUUGAGGACCUCACAAAUACACACACACAGAGAAAGAGACUUAUAGUUCUUUCCCCUCUCACCACCACCACCCAUCGUGGUUUUCUCUCCUCUGCCCCUCCUUCAUGCUUGUCAUUUGUCAGAGAAGCUAAAGGCGCCUCUUACCUUUCAUUUCCGGGAGUCUUUACAGCCACCUUCACCCCAUUACUGUCUGCACAUCAGUGCAGGGCAAAUCAGCAUCGCUACUCUUGGCCGUGUUUUCCUGCUUCCACCUCCAUCCAGUUUUAUCACCCAAAGUGACACUGUUUGUCAUUAGAAGCAAGCAUGAUGAUAAUCACCACAAUUUCUUUUAUUUCUUUUUGAAUUAAGUAAACUGAUGAUGUGUGAAAUUAAACCAAGUUUCCCUUAGGGCAGUAUCAUCAACCUUGAGAUCCUGUCUGCCCCUCUAAAGUUUGAGACUCUGCAUGUUCCUCCACCGACUGCUUUGCCCGUCCUUUCCCCUUCUUGCUAUGAUUCUGAUUUUACUUCAUAGUAGGCAGAGAAACAGGGUAGGGAAGAGAACUAGGACUGGGCUAAGACGCACAAGAGAUGCAUCAUCUGCCCCUGUCUUGGAGCAUGUGAAGGAUAUAGAUUGAAGUUUUGGGUUAACAACUGUCCAUUUUGGUUCUUACCUCUGCUUGCUGUCAUUUUCAUUUUCCCACUCCUUUUAAUGAGAGAAUAAACUGCACAUCUCCAGCUUGUAAAUUUGGGGUUUCUAUUUGAAUGGCAUGACGGGGACAUUCAGCUACCCCCCCCCCCAGGUUAUAAGACCUGCCAAAUUUCAACCAGAUUGGCAAAGGGUCUCCAUUUUAGUUAAGACCCCCCACAUUCCUAAAUCACCUUUGCCUUACAUUACAACAGAUGUAAAAUAAGGGUGGGUACAUUUCUUUUUUCUUCUUCAGUUGCUUUAGAAAUGAUUGCACAAAACAGAACCUGUGCUUUGUCCCCUUGUAAUUGCAUCUAUCAUUCUGCAGCCUCAUGUUGUGGCCUAGCAUAUAAUGAGAGUGUGAUAUACAGGGAAUAUACUGACCAUUGUGGAAUAGACUUGAAUACGUCAGUAUAAAAUGCCAACAUGGCUCAACUAAGUGCAGCCUGCUUAAGUGUUGUUGAUCUCCAGAUAAAAUCAAAACUGGCACAGACUUAUCUGGAGAUCAUGCAGUUUUUGCGCAAUUUUGCAUAUUAGCUACAAUGGUGGAACGAAUCCUUCAUAAAUAUUACACCCAUAUUUCAGUGGAGACAUAACAUCUGGCAUUUGUGCUUUUAGCUUUCUUACCCAUCUCUCCUGUUAAUGUAACUCUCUUGUAAUGUUUAGGGAGUGUCUGUUCUCUGGAACUGUACAGUAGCAUUCCCUUAACGGCUGAGCUUUUCUCUUUGUUCUGUUCCAGGUCAACGUGGAGUCUUAAGGGAGAUUACAUUGCCUCCAACACAGAUGAGUGCACAGCCACUCUGGUGUAUGCUGUUAAUCUGAAGCAAUCUGGCACCGUCUCCUUUGAGUAUAUCUACCAAGACAGCAGCAUCGUCUUUGAGUUCUUUGUAUGUUUCCUAUAACUCAAUCCACCUUGCUAAUAUUGCAUGCAAAGUGAGGGAGGAUUUCUUCUGGGCACUGUCUUUACCUAUAUGACCACCUCUGCACUAGUUUUCACUUUCGGGGCCUAUCUGAAAAAUGGGUGUUGCAUCUUGUUGCAGUCAAGGACAAGGAUUCCUGGUAUUUAAACCAGAAAACAUGGAAGGAGGUUCGUUUUUGUGUUGCUGGCAAUUCAUUUAGCCUCCCACUGAACUGUUCCUUCUUGGACUUCAUCCGGUGACAAAUGAAUUUUGGCAGCAGUUAUUUUUGCAGUCCUUUCAAGAUACAGUGGUUUCCCUUCUUUAGCGCUUCAAAGAUAAUGAUGCUCAUUUAAAACAACAGCAUUAUUACUUUGGCAUCUCCUCUCCUCCCUAUUCACUACAAUACAGUAGCCAAGAAGACUUUUCCAACAUUUAUACCAUCUCCAGGGCCAUUAACAUAUACCACUGUGUUGGUAUAUGUGUAUACAUUGCUUUAAGAAAGUGGGUAGAUACAGGAAUGGUUGCCUUGAGUGCCAAAAUGGACACAAAACCAUUUAACUUCUUAAAAAUCUCUGAACAAUGUGCUUUAGAUUUGCUGCUGGAGGAUUAGUUAGGGGACUUUCUCCAUCCUUGUACUGUGUAGGAGCCCAGAGAAACCUACAGCAGCUUAUCUUUCCAGCCUUUAAAGCUAUGCAUACAUUCUCUCUACACUACAGCAUUAGAACUUGGUCCGACAAAAGAGUUUUGCCCUCCAGCAGCAAAAAUGUUAAUUUUACUAUGAUAUCUUAAGCUGACUACUACAAAUCAACUUAUUUACCCCGUGCAUCCUCAUCCCAGGUUCUCAUUUCUUGCAGAUUCAGAAUGACCAGUGCCAGCCAACUGUAGAGGAGUCACGAUGGAUGAGAACCACAGAGAAAGGGUGGGAGACGCACACUGUAAGUGCACAGAGCUCCUUAACUGUGCUUAUGGCCAGCAGGGGCUUGGAGAAGGAGACCUGUGUGUGCUUCUGGGACUCAGUACUGAAGUCCCAAACAGUACAGCCUUUCAGUAUCAGCUGGGACUUGAACUGUCUGUGCUUUGAACAUUUGCAGGUGGAGCUGAGUCAGGGCAACAAUGUUCUGUUUUGGAGAACGACAGCCUUCUCUGUGUGGUCCAAAACUCCCAAGCCUGUGUUGGUGAGGAACAUUGAGAUUACAGGUUUGUGUUUGGUUGGUGCAUGUCUCGGGUCUGAUGCCACUAUGCAAGCUGUCAUUGUGCCCAGCAGCGGCUAAAAUGUUUUUUUUCCUCUCUUGCACUGCUAUCCAACCUCACCCCUUUCCUCCCCCCUGUUCCCUAGGAGUAGCCUUCACUUCUGAAUGCUUUCCCUGCAAGGCAGGCACCUACACAGCCAAAUUAGGUUCUUCCUUCUGCCAGCCAUGCCCAGCAAACUCCUACUCCAGCAAAACAGCUACUUCCUGCCACCAGUGCGAGCCAGCAAUGUACUCAGGUAAGCACCUUAGCUAAUUAUCAGAAAACCUAUGAAGGAGGCUGAUUUAUGACUUUGGAGUAUAGGAAGCUGCUUUUAUAUGGAGUCCAUCUUGCUCAAUAUUGUCUACACUGACUGGCAGUGGCUCUCCAGGGUUUCAGGGAGGAUCCCCUACCUGGGGAUGCUGGGGAUUGAACUUGGGACCUUCUAUAUGCAAGGCAGGGGCAGUACCACUGAGCUGUGGUCUAUUCCCAUAGCUUUACUUAGCAAAAGUAUCACAUAUCCCCAGCUGUUUGCCCAGCUUCCAAGUUCAGUUGAAUAUGCUACCUAAACCUUCCUGCCAGCUUAGAACCCAUUGCACCUGCUCUGACAAAGAAAAGCCAAUUGCUCUCCUUUCUCCUCUUCAAAAAUGUAAUUAAUGUAGCCAUGUUCUUUCCCCUGUUUCUGUAAGAGGCUAAGUCUGCAGUGUUGGGUACUGCUUUUGCUUUUGCUUGUAAUGAUUUGGCAUCAACCCUUUGAUCUCUCUCUCUCUCUCUUUCUCUCUCUCUCUCUCUCUCUCUCUCUCUCACACACACACACACACACCAUUUUCUUUCUCCCAGUAACAUUCACAAGCAUGUGAAACUGAAGGGGAGAGGAGGGAAAACAGUAAGUGAAGAUGAAACCAAAAGCCUCGGGUAGCCAGUGUAGUGCCCACCCAGAUGAGCCUCAAUCAGCCCAAACCAGCAUAGACAGUGGGUCAAAGAUGAUGGGAGCUCCUGGGAGACAGCCCAUUAGCUAUCCUUGCCAAAAGCUAUUUCUAAGCAGUUUCCAUUAACACAAGCACCAAGAAGUAUUGUUUUAACUUCCUCCUGCCUUAUUGAUAGCGAGGCAUUUAAAAGUGCAGUUAUUUAAAUUCCCUUCAUCGUUGGAGGGUGUUGUUGGCAUGCUUAGAAGCAUUUAUUAUUGCAAGCUGGAAGCAUAGGGAAACCCCGCCCACCAGCAUUUGCAUGCCCACUUGGGUGCCAUUUUCCUUCUUCCCUGGGCAUUUGAUAAGUUUGAGAAAGUUUUUUUUUUUUUAAUGAUAUUUAUUAAGAUUUCCAAUAAAAAGAGCACAUCAAUAAAAAAAUUAAACAUAAAAACAUAAAAAAGAAAUACACAAUUCAAAAAUACACAAUACAUAAUCCAAAAAGGAAAAAGAAAAAAACAAAAAAAAAGACAAAAAAGAAAACAGUUAAAAACAAUACCUCCUUUUCAUCUCCAUUUUUAAAUUUACUUAUUUUCUGGACCUCCUCAUACCUCCCUCUUUUGUAUUCCAGUUCAAAUUGUUUGUCCAGCAAUUUCUUUCCCUCUUUUUUAAUCCCAAUCUUUAAUCUUAAUAUAAUAUAACAUUAAAAUUUUACCUCUUAAAAACCAAGUUUCCAUUUCCUUAAACUUUUUUAAUCCUAAUCCUUAAUCUUAAUCUAUAUAUAACUUUAAAUCCUGUACAGCUGGAAGCCACUUAUUUUCAAUCCAACAUCACUCUAGCAUUCUUUAAUUUUGCAAUGUUUCUGCAGAUAGUCUUUGAAUUUCUUCCAAUCUUCCUCCACCGAUAAGUUUGAGAAAGUUGGGGGGGAGGGGAGAGAACUGGCAAGCAAGAUUACUAGCAACGGUGGAGAAAUUAGCCCAGCCUGGAUCUAUAUGAGCUUUGGAAAAUUACUGGGGAAAUCUUGAGCUUUUUCAGAGAAUUCUCCAAAUGAAAGUUUGGAAAGAUCUAGCCCAUUAAAUGUAGGCACAUUUUUAUCCUCUCCAUGGAAAGUAGGUCUAAGUCUCAAGCAGAUUUUUGAUCUGUAGUUCUGUGUUUUUGGAGAAAUUUUACACAGCUGGAUUUGGGGCAUCGUUCUCAUGUAUUGCUCUCUGCAUAAUGAGGGUUACGUUUUGUUAAGGCCUUCAUGUUUUGAGCAUAAUUUGCUCAGUUCUAUGGAACUCUGCCUUGCAGAAAGACUUGGAAAGUUACUCUCAAAUUACAAGCUCAUAGCAAUUUCAUUCCUCUUUGUGGUUGCUUAGAAUCACAGAAUCACAGAAUUGUGGAGCUUGAAGGGACCACGGGGUUCAUUUAGUCCAACCCCCUGCAAUGCAGCAAUCUUUUGCCCAGCAUGGGGCUUGAACCCAUGACUCUUGAGAUUAAGAGUCUCAUGUUCUACCGACUUAACUAUCUCAGGCUUGCAUCAUAUCUGGCGAGUGCAAUAUCAGUGUUGUCUGUUCCCCUAUAAGAAGUGGCAGCAGCUGGCACAUCAGACUGCAGCAUUUUGAUUGGUUGCUGUCGUGCAGGAAGACUUUGACUUGAUCAGCUUCAAAACCUUAUUCUUGAAGCAUUUUACCAGGUUGCUGGAAACUAUAGGAGGAGAUGGUGGACCUUGGGUUUCCCCUUUCCUCCAUGGGAAGAGAGUAUUCAACUUAAUGACAAAAUGCUCCAUCUUCAGGGCAAAAUCCCUGCAAUUUUCUCAUCAAUUGCUGCCACUUUUUCUUACCCUAAAAGGGCUGGGAACUGCCUGCUCCUUUAACAUGAUACAAAAAUGUGUUCUUUGUUCCCGUCAAAUUCAAUUGUCUUAAGCAAAUAUAAGGCAAAUGGCUCCUAACAAUUUCUAGGAGAACAAAUGUUGGAACUGAAGCCUGAAACGACCUGUACAUCUGCAAACAUGCACACACUGCCCUUCUCAUUGCUCCGGUUAAAUACUGAAUAGAUUUAUGGUAUCCGUGAUUAGUACCUGCUACACAGAGAUAAAAUAUGGGCAUGUGUGUGAGAUGGGCAUGGCACCUUUCUGAAGUUCCUGCUGAGUUGUUGCUAGAUUGAUUCUUUCAUGCUCACGUGGUUUUAACCAUUGUUUCCUCUUUUCAAUAAAGAACCAGGUUCAGCAUCAUGCAAGCCACGCCCAGCUUGCACAGAUAAGGAUUAUUUUUAUACUCAUACAGCCUGUGAUACCAAUGGAGAGGUAAUUCACCUUCUGGAUUUCCUUGUUUGUGAUGGUGGUGUUUAAAUAGUGAAAAUUUCUUGUUUAGCUUUUUGACGUACACAGCUAUAGAGCUUACCUUUAACGGAAAAGACUGUACUGCAAAGCAUUGUACAUGCUUUAAUAAGCAGGGACAUAAGGAGUCACUGAGCACGCAGGAAUAUAAAGGAGUCAGGCCCUGAAGAUGGCAUGGUUGGCUAAGCCUACCCACCUCUUUUAAUAAGCAGAACCCACUGCUGCUGGUUUCUCCUUAUUAGAAGAGGUGUGUGGCCUUGGAAAGGCCUCACCUCCCUGUCUACCUCAGGAAGAGGGAAGUGGCUACAGCGGGAUGUGGCAUGAACCUGCAGGCUUCCUUCUCUUGGUGGUGGUGUGUAGGGACGAAGGAGAGAAACUUGUUCUUCCCAUCAUGCCGCCACCACCAAGAGAAGGAAGCCUAAAUGGGACACAAAGGGGAGAAACACUUUCUCCCCUUGUGUCCUGUCUCAGAGAAGGAAGCCUGUGCAGGAUUCCUUGCAGUGACAGACUUUGGGGUCUGCUGCCCUCUGGGGCAAAAUGUAUCCCGCCGGCACUGGCACCUGGUCACUGUGAAAGCAGAAUGUUGGGGUAGUUGGGUCAAUUCAAGCAAGGCUCUUCUUAUCACUGCCGUGUGCAAAGAGCACCCCCAUGUGGACCAUUUCAUACUGACAGUAUAUUACUAAACUUGGGGAGGGAACUCAGAACACCCGGGAGUAAGAGGAGGAGGAGCUAAUAUGUCAGGGCUUCUUUCCUGGAAUAUCCUCAUAAUGCUUUUUGCAGAUGGGCAGAGAGCCUGUGUAAUUGUUGUUCAUGUAAAGAGAUAUCUAGGCAUUGCACAGCUUUUUGCGGAUUUAAGUGUAGAAAUGUUUGCUCCUAUCUCUUUCUUAUAUCAACAGACUCAGUUAAUGUAUAAGUGGGCUGAACCAAAGAUCUGCAGCGAGGAGCUCCCCGGUUCUGUAAAAUUGCCUGCUUCUGGCAUAAAAACUACAUGCCCACCUUGCAAUCCUGGUUUUUUCAAGACAAACACCAGUUCCUGCGAGCCCUGCCCAUACGGAUCAUAUUCAAAUGGGUCUGGUAAUGCUGUUCUGUUCUUUCCUUCUUGGCUGGCCAAAUUGUCACAUGAAUUACUUUCUUUAAAAUGUUUCAAUGAAUAGGGACCUGUGCAGUGUCAGUGGGGAUGCAUACAGGGAACCUGAAGUUAUUGAUUUGGAGCUGAUGUUAUUUAUGCUUACUGCGUUCAGAGGUGGCAUAAAAAGGAGCCAAGUCUUUGUGUGAGCUCUUCAUUUUCCUAUUCUUUGUUGCUGCUGAUAAUUCCACAUUCUUGCCAAUGGCAACAGAAUUGUGAGGUGGGAUACAGCUCAUGGAACUGGCUGCUUUGUCCUUACACAGAAAGCUCCUCUUUGUCACAUACUUGAUUAAAAACAGCAACAACAAAAAUGCAUGAUAUGGCACUCCCUUCUAUCAGGAAAUUCAUUGGUAAUUUGCAGAGGCGGCUACCAGCCUAUUCUUAGGGUUUGCUUACCCAACCACUUUUGCAAAUGGAAGAAUCAAUAUGCAAUGACUCUCCUGGUAAAGGCCUGCAAGGUAAUAUUAUCCUGUGGUAGCAGUAUAAGUCCUGGAAAACACUUUUUUUCUAGCAUAUUUCAAGAUACCGCAAAAUAGUGGCUAGACCACACCGGGCCAUUUUGCCACUUUAGUAUCAAGUGGGAAAGCUCUGCCCAAGGGGAUUUUUCCACCUGAAAAAUGUGUGCAGUAUAUGUUCAGUAGGCAUGUACAUGUGCACACCUCUGAAGCAUGUUGCUGCCAAGCCUGCCUCUAUAUAGGUUAUUCUCAUUCUUUGUUUCAGAAAGGGCUGCUAGCGCCCACCAGCCACCUAGUGACGGCCUUCCACAUGGGAGUUCAUUCCUCCUCCCGAGUUCCAGCAUUGUAAUGUUGCUUCCUUCUGUUCUCAGGUUGCAUCAACUGCACCGUUGGGACUGAACCAGCUCUAGGCUUUGAAUACAAAUGGUGGAACACGCUGCCAGCAAACAUGGAGACGACGGUCCUCAGUGGAACCAGUUUUGAAUAUAAGGGAAUGGCAGGUAUCUUCAUGGGCACAUAUUAACCCGAGGUGUUGGGGCAGUUCUUGCAUGGGUGGGCACUGUCAUAUUGUGAGGUCUCUUGCCCCUGCAAGCAGUGGGGAAGUUCACAGCACAGUGACUCUCAUUCCACUCGUACUGUCAGAUGUUGCCAGAUCAAAGAGAGGGGAGACACGGGGCUGCCUGCUUUCAGCGGCCGUCAUGCUAAAUUGUCUAGUUCUGGCCUCAGGCAACUGGACUUCCUGUGUCUCUAAGAAGUAUGUAAGCGUUUAUAGAGCUGUGUAUUUAAUGAUAUCCAACUGAAGUAAUGCCCUUUCACUGAAUGGAGAUGGUGUUCUGUUUGCUAUUUCAGGGUGGGAAGUAGCUGGUGACUACAUCUACACAGCAGCAGGAGCCUCUGACAAUGACUUCAUGAUACUGACACUGGUGAUUCCUGGGUUCAGGUGAGUGUGUAGCUGAGCUGGCGAUGGCAAGCCUAUGCAUCCAAAAUACAGUAGGAGCACUGAGUCCAAGCAGUGGGACCUUCUCCCCUUUAAGAGUGUGCUGCUUGCAUUACUUCUUCCACAAUCCUUAACUCACCAUUGGUGAACAAUAACAGAAAGAAUGAAUGAGGGAUUGAGUUGGCUUUUCAGUUUAACAAAUCCUUGAAACAUAUAUGAGCUCUCAGCAGCUGCCAGAUUUUUGCCAUGUCCUGGAAACAGCCAUGCUUUCAAUGUAUGCCUGUGACUAGAGUGCUGAUUUUAUUGGACUGGCCAUCCUCAGAUUCUUCAAAUGUGUUCUAAACAAGAGCAUAAGCUGAGGGAAACUUUCAGAUUCAUGGCUUGCUGAAGUAAGCCUUGCUAAUUGAGGUGGACUGUUUCCAGACAUUCCUACUCCCAUCUCCCGUCCUUGCUGUGUUUUCACCAAGACCUUGAGCAAAUAGAUACCCCCUGAGUUUUGCUUGCUCUCUUGCAGUUCCCCACAAUCGGUGAUGGAGGACUCCGAAAGUAAAGAGAUUGCAAGAAUCACAUUUGUCUUUGAAACGAUCUGCAGUAUGAGUUGUGAGCUUUAUUUCAUGGUGGUAAGUUGAUCCAGCUUCUUCUCUCUCCAAAGCAGAUAAGCUUUCUCUUGCUUGGUUUGCCUUGGGGUUUUGUGCUCCCAAGGCACAACAGGCUGUGGAAGGCACAUUCCCCUCCUUCCUCUGUAGUUGAUGCGUUUAGAAAAAGAGGCAAAUCUCUUGGCUGUUUCCCAAUUCCGGAAACUUUCACCUGAAAUCAAUAUGUUCCUAUGGGCAUAUUUUCAAAGGUACAAUAGCCCACUUGCAUCCUGUAGUUACACCUCUGUGAGGACUCUGUGUCAAAAUGCCACCAUGGCGGCGAGAAAAAUAAAUAUAGGUAUACCACCCGUUGGUAUGUUAAAAAAUCAGCAUUAUUGAUAACGUUAAUAUUAUUAAUAAAAAUAGUGUAAGAACUGGAAAACUAUUCUAGGCACAUUUUGUUCAGAGAUACACUUUGGACAGGUAGCAAGGCCACUCAUCAUGCACAGUGCAAAAUGAAAAAGACUUGUGAAAAUGUUAAAAAAAUGAGUAUUAUUGGGUUUUGCAAAUGAUGCUCUGAAUUUCCUGUGCUUUCUGAUCUGCAGCCCACAUCAGCUUCUCUUGAGCUACAAUGGGCGCGAAAGAAAAGUCACUGUAGCCUCUCUUCCCCAAUUUCAGUGUCAUCUUUCCUCUUAACUGCUUCCUUCCCACUAAUGCCCCACCUCCCCUUCUUUUCAGUUGGCUAUUCCAAGGCUCUCACAAUCUGCCUGGCAUGAUUUCCCUGCUUAUACUCAAGUUACGGAAAUAUCUGUAUCUGUAAUAAUAAAGAAUUAUUUAGGUAGAAAGCGUUGCUUGCUCUUUACUCACUAGGCCCAUGCUUUAUCUCUGGUAGGGUGUCAAUUCCAGAACCAACACGCCUGUGGAAACCUGGAUUGGCUCGAAAGGAAAGCAAUCCUACACCUACAUCAUUGAAAAGAACGCCACCAUGAGCUUCACAUGGGCCUUCCAAAGAACAGCAUAUCAUGAGCCGGUAGGGACUAUCACUUCCUGGGGAACCUUCUGUUCAUAGCCAGCUCCUCAGUUAUCCCUUUUAUGGGGAGUUCCUUGCCAGGAAUCAGAGAUACUCUAGUGUCUUGCUAAUCAAAGAUGUCCCAGCAAGGAAUAGGCACGCCAUCCUCGUCUGCAGCAUCCCACCUCCCCUUUAUCAAACACUUCUACCUCUCCAAGGCCCUAUGGACACUUUCUGUGUUUCGUUCUAGGGAAGAAAAUACACCAGCGAUGUUGCCAAGCUGUACUCUAUCAAUGUGACCAACGUCAUCGAAGGCGUAGCAUCAUACUGCCGGGUGUGCGCUCUGGAAUCCUCGGGCUCGUCCUGUACUUCCUGCCCACAUGGCCACUACAUCGACAGAAGCUCUGGGGGCUGCUACCCGUGUGCAGCAAACACGUACCUGAAAGCUCACCAGCCCUAUGGCAGCCAGGCCUGCAUCCCUUGUGGUCCCGGCACAAAAAACAACCCGGUAAUAUUGUCCUCCUUUCUGCCUAUAGUUUCUGGCCAAUUUGCAAUGAUCUACACUGUUAGCUACAUAAAAGCACCCCAUUAAGUUUAUAAAUCAUUUAGUUGGCAGAGGGCUUUCCAUUAUAAGCAGCAGUAGGGCAGUAUCAGUAUAUUAGUACUAGUAUACCGCCCCUCAUCCAAAAUUACAGACAGAAUCUGCAUGCACAAGAAAUUGCAGAUCUGUUGGCCGGAGAAGGUUCCACUUGAAGUGGCAGGCAAGAUCCCACCCAGUUAGCAAAGCCUGCCCGCUGACAUGAUAUGCAUGAGGCCAGAUCCUUAAAAAAGAAGAUAUAUAACUGAAAACUUUGUCUUAACAAACUUUUGCAUUUUUCUUAUUGAAAAUGUGGAACCUGUAGACUGAAAUGGAUUCUUCCCUUACCAAAGCAUCCCAGAGUUUUGCUUUAAAAAAAACCCAAGCUUGUCUUUCCUCAGAAAUAUUAAGUUAUUUCCUGCCAAAAUGGAAAUGGCACUAGAACAGCUAGGCGGUUCAUCUCCACAUACUCUGUUUUGUGUAAUUAUCCACAUGGUUCCCUGGAGGAAAUUGGCAAGUGAGAUUCCUGUGAACAGAAGCUUAUGGGAUUCUGGAGCACUAUAAACCUGGCCAGCUUGAGAAUAAUCAGCCACAUUUGGGUUCCUUCCUCUCAGAGUAAACUUGGGUUUUACAUGGUGCUGGAGACACUGACAAUUUCUGAGCUCCUCUAUGAGGAAAUAAAUUGACUGUAAAAAAAUGUUCUGCUCCCCAGAUCCAUUCUCUUUGUUACAGUGACUGUCACCUCUCAGUCAUCACGGACGGCAGGACUCUGGAGUAUGACUUCUCAGCACUGUCUAAUAGCACAUCCUUUUUGGUGGGGCCCAGUUUUACCACCAAAGGGCUAAAGUAUUUUCACCACUUCAACAUCAGCCUCUGUGGGAAUCAUGUAAGUACGUGGCGAGGCUUCUGAGAAGCCCAUCCUCUAUGCAGGGCCCCAACAUGUGAGAGUGGCUUAUAUGGUACAAAUCACCCAGAUGUGAAGAGAGUUUCUAGGCACCCAUGCUCACCCCGGAGCCGCAGAACGUUUCCUUAGCACAAUCCCAUCCUCCUGGCUACUCUAGCUGAACCACCGCAACAAAACAGCUCAAAUUCUUGAAGGUCUCUUAUCUGUAACUUAAGGGAAACGUUUUACUAUCGUGAUGCAACUGCCCUUCUCUCCUGUGAAAGGAUGGGUGUUAAUAGAUCCCUGUGCACUGAAAGUGUGUGUGUCACAGUAUCAUUGAUUUAUCCCCACUACCAAUGACAGCUGGUGACCACACACCCUACCCAUGCAUACAGAACUCUUCGGAAUAGGCUCUUUGUGUGUACAUAGAGCUUCUCCAUGCAAAGCAGGGUCCGUUUAUCCCAGACUCCUCACCCCUGUUAUAUGUGGGAGCUCUACGCACAUACAUUGAUACACAAAUAGACGCCCUUCCAACAUGCAUGGGUAAUGGAAAAUGCGGUGAUCAGAGGCGCUGGUGCUAGGCUUUGAAACCCUCCUCGUGCUUUCAGUGCAAUAGAGUCCUCUUACUAUGGUUCCUUUAAAAAGAACUUCAGGUUUUAUAAAGACAAGGAUCCAGCCAACUCUCUCUCUCUCUCUCUCUCUCUCUCUCCCCACCCCCCUUGCAAUUCUCUGAAGGGAAGGAAAAUGGCAACCUGCACGGAUAACGUCACAGACAUGCACAUCCUGGGCAAAGAGACAGAGUUCUCCAAAUCAACUUCCUCCUAUGUAUGCCAGUCCAUCAUUGUCCCCUCUGAUGUGAUGGCUUACAAAUCAGUGGUGUCUUCCCAACCCGUGAGCCUGGCAGACCGCUUUGUAGGUGAGAAUUGCAGGGAGCAUAAGUCUGUGCUUUGAACAGAGGACUCUGGUUGCUGUUUGAUAAAGGCUUUUGGGGGAGUUGCAUGUGCUGAUUCAGGUGGCAGGAACAUCCCUGAUUAUGCCUUCUAGAUAAGUCAUAGAAUCAUAGAGCUGGAAGGUACCCAAAGGGUUGUCUAGCUCAACUCCCUGCAAAGCAGGAAUUACAGCUAAGGAAUCCCUGGCAGAUGGCCAUCCAACAUCUGUUUAAAAACCUCCAAUGAAGGAGAGUCCAUCAUGUUCCAAGGGAGUCCAUUCCACUGUCAAACAACUGAAUGGAAAAGUAGUGAGUUCAGUGUGGCUCCUUCAUCUAAAACAAAGUCAACUUUGAUGAAAACCCUACACUACUCAGUGCCACUAAACUUUAGUUCCCCACUCCUCAGCUGUGUUUUUUGCUAUCUGUCCAGGUCCCAGGAAAGCAAAGGAGGGAAAGUCAUAGCAAUUUCCCAAUUUUUGCUGCUUCUUUUUUUUAAAAAAAGUAUAUAGCUAGAGAAAUACUUUUUUUUUUUUGCACUGGGUUCUGUUCUACCUCAAAUCACUGGCACCACCUCCAGGCCCAUAAAAUAAAGUAUAUUUUAUUUCCAGGACUUGGCAAUCUACUUUUAUUUUAUAUAUUGUCAUUUUAUUUUUAUUUUUUUCAAGACCUGCAAUCCAAUAGCUAAACCUGGGUCACUCACACACACUAACAGAGCCUAACCAAAGGCACAACAGGCCUCACUUGUUUCUCUGACCCUGAUCAGCAUUUGUGAGGAAAGCAAUGAACAAGACAAGCCUGUUUUCUGGAAGCAGUGAAGAGAGAAUUGAAAUGGGAUUCUCCUCUGUGAAGCUUUUUAGCACAGUCAGUUUUGGGAGAGGGGUGGUCCUGGGAACGUCCACUGUCUUCUCAGUGCACUGUCCUUCUCACUGGUUUGCUUCUAACUUGUAGGAGUAACAAGGGAGACCACUCUGGACAACAUCACUUCUUUUCCUGACUAUUUCCCUGCAGAGAAUGUGGGCUUACCGGAUGUGAUAUUUUUUUACAGGUAAGCUACAAGACUGCCAAACAUAGAUGAAGGCAGUUUUAGCAGUCUUCUGUGGAAAACUCUGGGUUAUUCCUACGUCUUGGAACAUUUUUAGUAUUUCAGCAUCACAGGGAAUUUGGGGGCUUUGGCAUUCUGGAACCUUCCAAAGAGGAUUGAACAAAUUCAUGAAGGGAUAAAGCUAUCAAUGGCUACUAGUUGUGAUGGCUGUGCUCUGCCUCCACAAUCAGAGAUAGCAGUGCUUCUGAAUACCAGUUUCUAGAAACCACAGGAGGAGAGAGGGCUCUUGUGUCAAAUCAUUCUCUGGAAGGUCUUGGGUUCCGCUGCUUCUUGCUUGCUCAUGAUUUGCACGUGAACCAGCCACAGUAUUACUGCUGUUACCAGCAGGAGUGGCUUUGAUUCUGCAGAACCAGUUUGGCAUCCUUUCUCCCCGCCUUCUUCUCAGCUCUCCUCUAGCCUCUGGCAAGUGGGACUUGAAUGUGCGGGAAGGAAGUCGGAUCAUUUUUUGGAUGCUACUUUUCAGUGCAUUCCUAUGCUUAAUUUGAAGGAACUUUUCAAUAAAUCUUUAGUAUUCCCACACCCUGGGAAAAUAUAUCCUUGUGAUUUGUCCUCCCUUUUCCUUGAGCCAGAUUUCCUUUUUUAGUGCCAUUUGUACUGCUGUGCAGCAGUCCUUUGUAUGAAAAAGAAAAAUGAUACAGUACAUGUGUCUUAAGCGUUUCCCACUUUUAAAAAGUUAUGAAAACAUGCUAGAAACAAGGGAGAUACAGCGUUGUGUUGCCCCCGAGUGACAACUGUAUUAGUGAGAAAUGCUAGUGCCGUGAAGCCUUGUAAGUGACAGGGCCGUCAGCUUUAGCAGGGAUUUCAUGACAUGCAUAUAUGUUGCAGAUCCAGUGAUGUGACUCAGACUUGUAGUGCUGGGAGAGCUACUGCCAUUAGAGUGAGAUGUGACCCUCUAAAACCCCACUCUGGAGUGCUCUCUGUGCCGAGGUAAGUUCAAAGGUUAGUCAGUCUCAAUAGCAGGUGCGCCCUGUUAAAACUACAUUCUGCUCCAAACUCUACAGUGGGGCAAAAACUGGAAAAACUGGUGGAGAAAAAAAUUAAAAUAAAUGCUUUCGAUGCUGUAAAAAUAGUCGCACUGAGAACAGCACUUACUUUUGUAUUGGGUGUAUUGCUUCCAAUUCCAGUUGUAAUUUAUAUUUCAGUUUUGUCCGCUUCUAUGUUUCAAGCUGGCUGCUCAUCUUGUUUAUGCAUUUUAAUAGUUGCUUUUUUAAAUGAGAACUAAGGAAUAAUGAUUUAGCAAAGACUGUAGCUCAGUGGUAGAGCAUCUGCUUUGCAUGCCGAAGGUCUCUAGUUCAUUCGCUGGCAUCUCCUGAUAGGGCUGAGAAUGUCCUGUCUGAAAUCCUGGAGAGCCUCUUCCAGACAACGUAAACAGUACUGAGUAGCUGGAGGUCAGACAUGGCAUAGGGUAGCUUCCUGUGUUCACAACCCUUCUAAAGGCAAAACUAAAAGAUGCAUGAAAGCAUCUCCACUGCUUAAAGCUUUCUCCCCCCCCCCCCCGCCCAAUAUUAGCUAUAACAGCUCCAGUCUGGGUCAGGCCUAUAGCACAAGAUGAAGUUGUGUUAACAUUGACCCUUUCCACUCUGCACCAUUUCCCCACUGGCACUCCACACCCCUCCCCAAUAAAAGGCUACUGUUGCUGAUGCAGUGGAAAUGAUAGAAAUGUGCAUAUGAUUUUCCUGCUGUGGAGUUAUUUUCAUGGGGAAAAUGAUACGGGGAGGAAUACUAAAACUAUUUUAUUGUGCUGCACUAUAGUCCCAGUCUGGUUUGGGAGGUGUAGCUAUUUUUUUGGCAAAAAGCGUAAAGACACCAAGUUGCAUUCAUAUGCCACCAACUUUAUAUGACGUUUAUCACUGUGACACGCUUCUGGAACCCAGUUCAGUCUCAUUUACAUUUACAGACCUAACCUAUCAGCAUAAGCUUUGCCAUAUCCGUUCCUUCACAUACCAACACAACUUCUUUACCUCUUUAAAAUGCAGAGGUCUACUGGGUAUAGUCAAAGUAGAAUGGUGGUGAAGUGGUCUAACAAUGGAGCCUAUCUCAACCUUGCAGGGUUUAAAUUCUUUCAUGAAUGUCACAGGUCUCCAAGGGGUCUGUGUAACUCAGAUACAGGAAAUGCCUAAGACCUAUUGACAUUAUGAAAGAAAUAGCAUUUACAGCAAGAACAAGUGUUCCAUGCAGCAGAGUUCAUGCGCUACAUACAUGAGGCAUGGCUUUGGUUCCCUGGAGUCACUGGUGACAGACUCUUUCAUGGCAGGUCUGGGACAAGGGCAGGUCUUGACACCCACAACAGCUAGGUCAUGAGGUGAGCCACUGAAUAGACUCCAUUUCAGAUGGCACUUUAUAAUUUUUCAAACAGCAAGUGCCCUGAAGGAACCUGUGACGGAUGCACUUUCCAUUUCCUGUGGGAGACUGUUGAAGCCUGCCCCCUCUGUUCUGCAGAUGACUACCAUGCUAUCAUCAGCGCCUGUGUUGGAGGGAUUCAGGUAGGGACUCAGAAUGGCUUCUUUUGAGUUCUUAUCUUCAGGGCCUGAGAGCUGCCCAUUUUUGUGACUAUUAUAUGAACAUUAAAACAAGUCAUCGACAGCUACGGCAGCCCAAUGAUCAUUUAGUGAACAUGCCGGUUAGGACAGGCAGAGACACCAAAUUGAAAUCCACUAUUUUUCCCCCUGGAGUUGUCACAAAACCAUACUUGUCUGAUCUUAAACAUGCUUACCUGAAGUCAGUUCUACUGAUUUCACAACAAUAAUCCGCUUCAGCAGCAGGUUCAGCAAUGAUGUACCGAUUUAUUUUUGUUAAGAGGAUUAUGUCCCUUCAAGAUCCCUCUAGAGUGGUGGUGGUGGUGGUGGUACAACUAUUAUGGUUGCUUCGAAUCUAUAAGGUGGCAUCAACACUACAUUUCUAUAUUGGUUUCAGUUUAUUUCCCUGAAAACCAUUUCUAUAUAGCUUAGCGUAAAAUCUCUCCUAAGUGCUACAGGGUAAAACAGAAAUGUACAGUAAGACCAUCAGCAUCAAAAAGAGUACAAAAAUGCAACAUGAGCUGCGACUGCAUGUGAUUAAAAGAAGGCCAUGCCUGCUUUUUCUUCCACAGAGAACCACGUAUGUAUGGAGGGAGCCCAAGCUGUGUUCGGGAGGCAUUUUACUCCCAGAUCAAAAAGUCAGCAUUUGCAAAGCCAUGGACUUCUGGCUCAAAGUGGGCAUCUCGGCAGGGACUUGUGCUGCUAUCCUGCUGACUGCAAUGACUUGCUACUUCUGGAAGAAAAACCAGAAGUGAGUAGCUGCUUCUGUUCCUGCGCAUUAUGCUUGCUUGCUUGCUUGCUUGCUUGCUUGCUUCAUAGCUGCCCGAGACCUUUUUCAAGGUUGCCCUUUAAAUCAGAUGGCAACCUUGAACAGCACAGCAGAAGCAAAUAGGUGAGUCUGUGUUCAAAGAUAGCAAGCUCUUCAGUAAUACAGUGGUGCCUCGCAAGACGAAAUUAAUCCGUUCCGCGAGAGUCUUCGUCUAGCGGUUUUUUCGUCUUGUGAAGCAACCCUAUUAGCGUCUUAACGGAUUAGCGCUAUUAGCGGUUUAGCGGCUAUUAAAGGCUUAUCGGCUUAUCGGAUUAGCUGCUAAAAGGCUAUUAAAGGCUUAACGGCUUAGAUAAAGGGGGGAAAAGCAAAAAAAAAAUCUCAAGACUCGCAAGACAUUUUCGUCUUGCGAAGCAAGCCCAUAGGGAAAUUCGUCCUGCGAAGCAACUCAAAAACGGAAAACCCUUUCGUCUAGCGGGUUUUCCGUCUUGCGAGGCAUUCGUCUUGCGGGGCACCACUGUAUGUCAAUCUUUUAUACAUUGUUACAUGUCAGUGAUGGCAUUCUCGCCUUCCCCAGUUUGCCUUCUUAUCAUCCCAUUCUCAACCCUGCCUAAAAAGCAAGAAAGACUCACCAAAAACAAACCAGUUUUUAUUUUCCAGAAGCGUUAAGUGCAUGCAACUUUAACACACUCACAAACAGUGCAUCCAUAGCCCUGUUCAGUAGCACCUUGUGAAAGGGGUGCAGCUUGUGAAAUGAGACAUCUUCAUACGGGCAGUGAUAUAUAGGGGAAGAACCCCCCCCAAAAAACCCCUCUUUAUUGGUGGGCAAUAUGAGACAUAGGGCAUCAGGUUAGCAUUGUGUAGUUACAGGGUUGCUGACUUGCUAGGACUGCCUAUGACUUUUCACAAGCCGCAGCCCUUUAUGAGUCACCCCUUGACCAUAUUGCUACAAAAUUUGCAGAUGGAUCCUGUGAAUUAGUUUCCCAGCAUAUGCACUAGAAAAAGCUGGUGGCAUUACCAGCAAAUAUUGAGCGGAGUUUGCUGAGCAGUGAUCCAAUUCCAGCUGUAGUUGUGAUGAAACCUCUUCAAUGAAGAGUGUUUCUUACCCAUCAGUUUCUCAACAACUAUAGGGGAUCAGGUCUACUGUUGCUUGAAUGUACCUGCUGCCAGUGGAUUUAUGCUAUGAUAAGUGUCCCCUUUGGAUGCUUACAUAUGAAAGUAUCUGCCGGCAGAGAGGAUACCAGUCCCACCACCACUUGAAUUAGAAGCCUUUGCUGCUUGCUUAUCUGCACCCAGGAAAGAGGUCUCCACUUCCAAGCAGCAGAUGGGGCUCUGAAAUGCUCGCUGGCAAAGAUCAGCAGCUGAAUAUUCUGAGAAGGGAGGCAGAAUUGUUUCCUCUUUGGAGAAACUGAAAUUCAAGCUCCUUUUGAAUUUUCUCCAGGAGGGAAAAUAUCCCACCUUUGCAGUGCAUGCAUAGGAUUAAGCUAAUAAAUACACAUUGUGAAUGUGUAUGACUGUGUGUGCUUGUUUGGAUGUACAAAACAUUUCUUUUUCUACCUGUAAGAGUCACCUUUCACGUGGCCUGAAGCAGGGCUUAUCAUCUCCAGAUUUUAAAGUGAUCCCCCCCCCGCAAGUGUCCCAUUUUGGGGACCCAAACUAUAUUCAUCCAUCAUCCAUCUGGCUUUCUCUAUGUCUGUCUUAUAUCUUCGUAGGUUGGAGUAUAAAUAUUCCAAGCUGGUGAUGAAUUCCAGUGCCAAGGACAGUGAGCUGCCAGCUGCUGACAGUUGUGCCAUUAUGGAGGGGGAAGACGCAGAGGAUGACCUGAUAUUCACAAGCAAGAAUUCUCUCUUUGGCAAAAUAAGGGCUUUCACCACAAAGGUAAGGUGCUUAGUGCGACCCAGCCUGCAUGUGUAAUGCACCAGAAUGAAGCAACAGAGGCCUUGGGCUUGGCUCCAGUGUUUAUCUAACCUGACAGAUGUCUAACAUGUCAUGUUGAACUAGUGAGGCCACAUCUGAAUAGACAGCUUCCCAAUUCACUUAAUAUGUACAGUAUCCCUGAGGUGUGUGUGUGCCUUUCUCUAGUAGUCGCUAUCCUUUUAUUUUUGAAGUAAUGAUUUCUAGCAUGGGCUGCUGACUGUGCAAGACCCAGGCUGUAGUAGGGGUUUGCGGGGAGGGAGAAGAGUGAUUAAAGCUUCAUUCUCCUCCUCUAUCCUGUUAAAAAUCUUGACAGAGUAGCAAAAGGAAAAGGACAUUUUCUCUCCAAACAAAUACAUCAAACACAGCUAACCUUCCAGGAUGCUACAGGCUAGGGACCAAUCAAAAGUCAUUAUUACAGUAAAGUCCUCAUCCUAGAUCUGUGAGCUUUCUCCAGCCUCAGAGUCUAUAUUCACGUGCUGCUGUGUUUCCUAUUCUACUGACUGAUGUUCUGGUUAAUGGUGCGCUGCUUUUAUUUUUCAUUUUAUCCCUCCCCCCCUAAUGUGGCUAUUUGUUUUCCUGUAGGCUUCUCUUAGGUACAGUCAGGCAUGGCAGGAGUCUGUGUGUAGGGCUGUUCUCAAUAAGCUAAGAGGAGGAGUCUUCCAGGUAGAUAGAGACCAAAUGUAGAUGGUAUUGUCUUGUGUCCCCUGUGUCUAAAAACAAGCCAGCUGACUGAGGGCGUAUAGUAACCAAAUGGCAUUGGAUGGGAUGACAAUAUGGCCUUGUGAUAUCUGACUGGGACCCAGCGCGGUAUGGUAUUCUUGGGAAAUCCAAGCCACGCUGCCAGCUUUCUACAGCUGCAGCCUCUCCUUUCCCAAAGGGGGACGGUGCCACAACCUGGAGGAGGAAGGCAAGGAGGCCCAAUGUGUGCUGGAGACACACCAAUGGGUGUUAAUUCAGGCUGCAAGUAUAGGAUGCUAAACUUACCCAGAAAGGUCCUUGAGCCCUGGCUUGUCUCUGGAACAAGUAGCUGCUACUCGUUGUGCUGUCCAGAAUCAUGUAUGACUGGCUCUGUGUCAUAUUUUGCUCAGUUUCAUCUUUUGAGAGCCAGAGUCAGGGCUGCUCUGACUUGAUGGAGCUGGGGAGAACCAAGGCAGAGCCAUGGAAAUCUGGGCCUGUGGGAUUCAAAUGCCAUGUCUGGAAUAAAUUAUGGGAACUGAACACUGUACACAGAAUGUGGGUGGGUUUUCUCCACUCCCCUGCAAAUUACAAGCAAACUGGGCCUUUCUGCUUGUGACCCAAAAGUUAUUCCCGCCCCCACCCAGUAAAUACAUUCUGUUAAAAUGUUGGCGAAUUCUCAUGUGUAUGGGCUUGCUUUGCUUGAAUUAGGGUCUUUAAUCAAGAGGUUAUGAAUAUUUAGCUGUUAGCAUAUAUUUCUAUUUGCAACAUAAUAGUUCCUUAUCCUCACAACCAGCGUGAUGCAACUGCUGCGAUCACUGUUAUCCCCAUUUUGCAGAUGGAGGCUGAAAUAAUUAUUUUGCACAAAGCUGCUGGUGAGGUUAUUGCAGAAGUGGAGUUUGAACCAUGUCCAGCACCCUAUCCACAGGGUGGAUCCUUCUGAAUUCAGUCCUCUCUGGGUGCUGGUUGCUGAGUGGCUCCCACAAGGCUCACUGACAACCCUCACCUCUCCACCAACUGUCUCUUCUGAAUGCACUGCUAUCCAGCACAGGUUGUUUCCAUCCUAAGGUCCUUAAGUACUCCAGAGACGUUGCUUUUUGCAGUUGGCUGGAAGUAGAACUAAACUGUGGUUCCAUAUAGCACUUACGUAGCACUGUGUUUCCCGUAACACUCCUACAAUAGUCAUUCUGACAGGGUCAGAAGACCACGCAUGGAGGCAGCUGGUUAUCAUAGUUUUGUGGGAGAUGCACUUGCACCCUACUGCCCUUUCAUGAGCAUAGGGUGCAGGAUUGCACUCUCUGUUCUUUCCGUGUUACUAAAUGCUGGGGUAUGACAUAAUCUGGCUUACUUCAAACGAAAGGUGGGGGCUCUGAGAGAUGCAAAUGACAUUUUAUAUAGUCCUACUCACACUUCGUUUUAUGUUGUCUUUAGAGAACAUCUGAUGGCUUUGACUCGGUCCCACUGAAGACCUCCUCUGGCACCACUGACAUGGAUCUUUAGGAAUGGAUUGCCCACCUCCCAUGCCUUUCCUGCAGGAUGCUUUGGGAGUUCUCCUUGGUUAAUCCCUGCACUUUGAUGAACUUGCCAUGUGGCCUUAUUGGAUACACUUUUAACUUCAGCUUCUUACUGUACUUUUUUAAAACCGAAAAUUUUAACAUUCCCUCCCGAAAGAAAACCAUGCCAAAUACAACUGUGCUUUUAAAAUUAUAUGUAGAUAUAUAUUUGUAUGUUUCCUGCGCUCCCUACCCACUCUUCUGUAAUGCUUUUGGGUUUUACCUUUCAACAAAAGUUGUUCUAUGCUGGUGAAAAUAGCUGCAUUUCCUCUCUCCCCUAACACCAGAAAUGUGUAAAAUAGCCCAAGGUAUCAUUGCCAUUAAUUAAGUCAGCCCAUUGAGGCAGGCUCCUAAGGCUGCAAUCCUUACCUGGGGGAAGUAUAUAUGCACACAGCUGCUCUGUAAAUGUUCGUUUCAUUUUAACACCAACUUGACUUUCAAAAUACUUUCUCUGUGUACUAAAGCAGCAACGGUAUUUUGUCAAACAGUAGUGAGGCUUGCCUGCCUCAUUAAGAACCCUUCAGAAGAGAUACAAUGCAUUGGGCUCAAAUUGCAAAGUUCUGCACUCCGCCCACCAGUCUCACUUUUAUAGGUUGACUGUUUCUUACGCCAGAGCAGUCUGCAAUGACUUUGCAAGUGGCAAUUCCAUUAAAGGCUCCCUAAAUUCCAUCAUAGUAGAAUCUGCAUGUGGUCCAGUCUGGAAGGAGUAUACUUCAAUCAUUUAGAAAGGGUAUGACUUAAACAUUGAAAGGAUUAUGGCCCAGAGUAGCUGGAUUUUCCUCGUCUGUUUGUAUAGCGAUGACUUAUGGAGAAAUGCUGUGCAGUCUUGCAUCUUGUUUGUUGACCUUUAGUUUUAAAACAAUAAGGGAAUCAUUUAUCCCUGUGCUGACUUUCUCCAAUACUUGAAAACUCUGAUCCUAGGAUAUUGGGGCAGGGGGUGUUAUUUUUUAUGUGACUUCAGAAUUACCAUCCAGGAAAAUGUGUGCCUAUUGUCCAUGCCCCAUUAGAACACUUUCCUUUGGAGAAGCAAAAGUAUAAUACUUUACACAAUAUCAAGAAUCAGGUGGAUCUUCCAGCACAAUUAUCCUGCAUGAACACCAAAAGAAUUAAUACUUACUUCUUUUCAAGUUAUAUGAAUUACAGGUGCUAGAUCUGUGGCUGUGAUUAUCAAGUAUGCCAUGGCAAAUAGAGGCCGGAGAAUUACAGUCAAUUAUUUCCCUGUCAGGCCCAAGGAUGAGUGGAAAAGCUUUUAGAAAAAAAGCUCUCGACCAUGAAUUACAGAAUUUAGCUUAAAGCAAAUCCAGCUCCUCAACUUUCACUGGGGAACUAGGUAACAUGUUUAUCAUUUUAUGCAAUUUCCUUGCCUGAUCUUUAUCCAGAAAUAUCCCUUCCUACCCCUGCACAGCCCUCUGUUGCUGUUUUUUGACAAUUCUUCCUCAUGUAAUUUUGUGCAGGCCUAGGCAUGCAGAUUUUUUAUUUGGCAAAUAGUGAAGAAAUAAUUAGGUUUUGGUUUUAAUAGCCAGUGUUAUAUCCAAACACAGCCACUGAAUACAUUACAAAUGGCUGCUCCUGAAUUCAGUCAACAUUACUGACAACUGCCAAGCCAAUGUUGACUGAUUUCAUCUCUCUGUUUGUUUUGGCAGGUUAAAAUAGCCUUUAGUAUAAAGCACUUCAAUGAGGAAAAAUACAGAAAUCCAGCUCCUCCUUUCAGUCAUUCAGUUUUAAUUCCAAUGACAUUACUCUUAAUUCUGCUUUCAGUAACUUUCUCAAUUACCACACACUCUACUUUUCUAUCUGUAUUGUACAAGUGUUCAACAACAACAACAACUUACCUUUAGAGCAGCUGGGAGGAAUUCGUACAACUGCAGGUAAGGAGGGCUAACCUUGGCUUAGGUUGACUUUAGUUUAUUGGGAUUUGUAAUUCUGUUGCUGUUCCUUCAGGAGAAGAAAUUAAAGAUGGCGGUGGGCAGUAUUAUAGGUUAUGGGAAAUGGAGUAAUUGAGGAGCUGCCAUAUAUGGUGGAUGGGCUGCAUUUUACUUGGUGAGUUACCCUGCGGAGGCUUGUGGAUGUUUUUCCCCUUAGCAUAAUGCUGCUUAUAUCAACAGUGAAAUGUCACCGUACCAUAAACUUUGAUAUAUGUCCAUGUAGCUUUUCUACAGUCAGAUUUCAGGCUAUUCCUUGGAAGAGGAGUAGAUUUAUUUCUUCACCAGUGAAUCAUGUGACUAUGAAACCAAUCCAGCAGCUAGCUUUUCCUAGUGCUAAAUGCCACUGCUACCUGUUUUCAGUCAGAAGGAAAAUAGAUUUAUUUUACUUGGAAAGUACUCCAAAGCUAUGGCCUAAGGAAGCCUGAGAUGCUCAUCAGAGGAUGAGAAAACUGACCUCAAGAGACACGAAAGAGAAACUGGCCCUUUUUAAUAUAUUGACACAUCUGAAAAAUCUCUGGGCUCUGGUUCCAUCGUUUUACACAAGAAAGAUAUAUUCAGGGACAGCCAGGAAUAGUUAAACUACUACUGUGGAAAGUGGCACCCUGUUGUCAAGACCCAGGAUAGGGGAGAGGAGCUAGGGUAAUAAGCUGUUGAUAAAUUGCCAGUGGUGAAGAAGGUGUUGAUGGAUAGCUUCCCCAUUGCUUACGACAAUUAGGAAGAAAGGUUAAGAGAAACUCAGGGCUGUUUCCAAAAUAAGUUCUUAUGCAAACAGAACCAGAAGCACAGAGCUAGCACUAGGCAGAAAGAAUACCAUAAAGAGAUGUGUAAACCAAGUCCAGAGUUUAUUGCAGAGGUCAGCUUACCUAAGCAUCUCACAUCAAGCUGAAAAAGCUUAUUUUCACCCUCUGCUGUUUAUGCUAAAGAGAAGAAACAAAAGCAGCAACAAAUCCUUUGGGAUGAUUCUGCGGCUUUGUUAACACAUAGACUUAAUGUUUGUAUGUCUGUCAUUUGUUCAGUAGUGUAAGGGGGGGGGGGGGGAGAGAAAGAGAGACAAGGGAGAGGGGCACUUGCACCAGCCACAAUCUAAAUAGGGUGCAAGGUAGACCUUAAAGAUCAGGAAACAUUUUAUUAAGAAUGUAAGUGGUGCAAAAAACCCCCCACAAAAUCUUUGGUUUGGAAAAUUAGAUGUUUUGUCAGAGUGGUAAAGGCAACAAUUCACUUGGUUGGGCAUGCAAACAUAAGAGCAGCCCUGCUGGGUCAAACCAAGGGCCCAUCUCCUCCAGCUUCAUGUUCUCAUCAUGGCCAAACUAUAGGCUUCCAGGAAGCCUGCAAGCAGGACCUAAGCACAGCAACAACAGUUGUUUCCCAGCAACACACAGCAUCUGACAGUGGAGGUGGGACAUGGAGAGCAACUGGGCAUCCAGAAUACCACAUUUGCAACUUUUCCUUGGUUCUGUCCUGCAACAUCACCUAGUCAAACACAUCCAACCACUUCAUACCAUUGGGGCUGAUGCAACAGGGAGUGGAGAAGAGAAUCUUAUGGUCAGGCAGUGGGUAUUUUGUACCCCAACUUUUGAAUAAAUUCACGUUGAGCAGUAAGCAGGAGGUGCAGCGAGGAUGUGGAGUUUUAGCAGCAACACCUUUAAAAGAUUCAGUGCCAUUCUCACCCCAGAUUGUAUUACUUGCUCCCCAAAGGGGGCUAAUCCAAGAGUAAUGCUUGUUUUUAUUUCUUUAACUCCUAUACUUAUUAUUGAGGGUAGGAAGUAUCCAGACUUUCUGACCUGUGCCAUUUAUAUGAGUUUACAGCAGUGGCCCUUCUCUAAUUCUCUGGACUUGCUCUUAAAUUUAAUUCAGAGCAUCAAGUGAAAUCAGAAGGGUACUUUCAUAGAAUCACUGCUUCUGUUUUUGUAUGAAGUUGUGAUUUAUUAUUCUGGCUUUUUGUCUUUGCUAUAUUUUGUAUAUGCUUGAAACUAUUUAUGGAUUAAACCAAUAUCUGUAAGAUUUGAUUGACAUACCAGAUAUGUUGUUGUCCUAGCAGCAAUCUUCAAGGACUUUCAUUGUUUGUGUGGACUAGGUUAUAAGUGCUAUUCAGGGACUACAAUAUGAUACCUUUCUUACAUGGAUGACAAUGAUUUUUUGCAACUCUGUAUGUUACAGAAUUGAUUGGAUUAUAUUUAUAUAACUGUGUUUUUUCAGCUUUGUGACGAUAAACUGCAGGUUAACUUGCUCUGUAUGCAAAAUGGGCUGGGUUCCUUUUAUAUAUGAUUUUAAUAGAAUUUAAUAGUUUCUAGAGGCAAGAAUUGCAUGUACAUUUUUGGGGUUAAAAACAAUAACACUUCUGAACUCGUCUGAUCUCUCUUGCUUGGAGUGACAUAAGGGAGAUGAAGUAAAGGUGCAGAACUCUCACUAUUGCAUCAUUUAUAACAAUUAAACAGCAU